AUGCCGAAUUUGGCCAACCCGGUUUCAUCGCUUCGACCGCAGCCACGGCUCGACUCAAAAUGGCUAAAGACUGACAUACAGGUUAGUUGAAAUCAAAAUAAACCGGUUGUUUUGGGUUGUAAUUGAACGUUGGCGGAACUUGAACCCAACAACAAUCAUUCCCCUCGUUCUGUGCUUUAAUUCAUUGCUUUGAAUUCCGCGAUUCCACAAUGCUUGUUUGCGUGCAAGUCGGCCAGGUACAAAAGCUUCAGUGUUGUGGCUUUUGUAAAAGCGUACGACCUUCAUUCUAGGCUGAAAGUGUUUACCCUUGAACAGGUUUAAGGUCAUUUCAUAAGAACCUGAAGGCAGCUGCAGAAAUGUACAACGCGAGUUAGUAGUUUUGCCCGACUGUAACAAGUUUAUCCAACUGGCCCCUAAUGCUUGUGUUGUGAGCUAAGAACGUUGGAAGUUUCUGUUGGAUGUAAAUAAUUAUGCCAUUUCCUACUGCUAUCACAUGAUCUUGUGUGUUGUACAUGUACGUGUGUUUUGUUUGAUUUCUCGAAUUCACUGAGUCAAAUGAUAACAGUAAUGUGACGGUUAACCACUCCUAGCUAACGGCGUCACAGAAUUAUGUUAGAGAUGCUUGCGGUUUUAUUAUUAUUUUUUUGUGCCUCUAUUAAUGGGACAGAUAUCAAGAUAUAUGUAAUGUCAGUACUAAUUGCCAAAACAAAUUUACUUGUACAGUGUACUCUGUACCACUUUUCAACUUAAGCAUAUUGGCUCAGUUUUUAUUAAUUCCUUUUCUCUGUAUGAUAAUGUACUUACACGUGACUCAAGUCUGGUUCUGGUAUGUGGUUGACUUGCCUACAAAAUGACAGCCGGUACAACCUGGGAUACUUUUCUGAUAGAAGAGAAGUGGCUGGCAGCAUUAGUUAUCCCAGUCUUUCCCGCUCGCAUGCUUGCAUAGUUGACUCGGGUUCAACUUCACAGGCAUGCUGGCCGAGCAGUAAAGCCCUGCAGUGGCUAAUUGUUGCCUGUGGCACUUGUUCUCAUUCAACCAAACAGUAUCCCGGGCAGUGCCAGUGGCUACUUCGCAGGUACAUCAGCGGCAUAUGAUAAACAGGCUUUACUCUAUCAUGUUUUCACAAUAACACACUGAGAGCUGAAUAAAUGCAAAUUCCCAGUGCUGAUUGUUCUUUGUUCUUUUCUACGUGUAUUUUUUACGCGUAUUGAACUUGAAAGUGCCCCUAUAAUGGAAGUUUUUGGGAUCUUGGUAAUAUUGACAAUAAUAAGAACUAGCCUACAUGUACUCUCUGAAUCAUAAAUCCUUCUGUUGAGCAGAAAGUUAUAAGCAUCUACAUGUAGAAUUUUGGUGAAGACUGCAUAUUGGAUAGUUACAGUGCAUGUGACUUUUUUACACAGUAAAUGAGUUUUUGUUAAGUUUACGUGAUUCAUGGCCCCUUUAUUAUUCUGAUAAAGUGAUUUUAUCCCAGACCAGUUUUUCUACAUGUACAUGUUUGUAAAAAUCAAUUAUUCAAUUCCCUUCUCUUUCUUUAGUGUACUGCAAGAAACGUUUGCUACAUAUUUAUUUACCAUCAAACGUGAUGAUAAGAAUACUGUAUCUUUUUCUUUUUAGACUGCAUUUUCAAUUGAAGGUCUUAAAAGGCUUUGGAAUGAGUUAGUAAAAGAUGGAGAAAUCCCUGGUAAACCCUCUGAUGUAAGGAUCAACAGUGAUGGUGUGCCUUCCCAAAAGGGUGAGACUGGCAAAUUUUAUUGUGGUCGUCGCAUUUUAAAAUGUAUGUGCUGUGAUGGACAUUGUGGACCUAGAAAUGGCUGUAACUGUGAAUCAUGUCAGAAACUGGACCAAGAAGAUAGGGAACAAAAAGAAGAGGAGGAGAGAGCACCUCCAGCUGCAGGUCCCUUGAUGGACUCAUGGACUUGGGGGGACCAGCCAAGCCCAGACCAGCUCAGAGAAGUCCUCCAGGGCCUCAUUUUUGAGCAACAGGAGCUUGCAAGCCAAGCAGCAGGAACAACCCUGUCUGCUAUGAGGCUUCAGCAGAGGCUAGCUGUUUUGGGGCGUUAUUUUAUUGCUUCGUCACGUGAAAGGGAAGCUAAUACUGCCAAGAGUGUGAAAAGGAAGAGUGUAAAAGAAGAGAAACAACAUGUAAUUAAAAAUCGUAGGAACCGUGCUAACUCUGAGCAGGCCUCAUUAGGUCUAGCUAGAAUUGGUGCUAGAGCAGCAUUGUCAUUCGCAUUCGCUUUUCUACGUCGUGCAUGGAGAUCAGGGGAAGAUGCAGACUUAUGCCGUGAGCUUCUUGAUGAAGCUCUUGAAGCUUUGCAGUAUCUUCCUGAAGCGACUCUUUUUGAUGAAGGAUCAGUUUCACCAGUGUGGCUUGAAGUGGUUGACCGUUCAACAAAAUUUCUAAGAUCAGUGGUGGCAGGGUAAGUUGCUUAAUAGUUAGGCAGUGAUUUUGUUACCUCUGCGUCCCUUUUCCCAGUGAAAACAUAAACGUCCCCAAAGAUGUAAAAUAAUUCAUAGCAUGCAUCCCGCAGGACACAAAGAACGACUGAUCGAUUUAGCAGAAUAUCCUGUUUGUGUGAUUUCUGUGGCUGUUGUUUAAGAGAUGCAUAUAUAUUUUAGUCUUUUUUGUGAAUGACCAUAUUUUGAUUUCAGAGUUUUGGCAUCUGUCUCUAGAUUAACUGUCUGGUUACAUACUCAGUGUAAAGGCAAAAGUAUUUUCAAUUUAGGACAUAAAUCAGGGAUGUCAAUAAUGGCCAUAACCCGUAACACCUGUUACGGCUGAGUCUACUCGAUGUUAAUGGGUGAAGAUGUUCAUUGUUGCAGGUAUAAAGCGAAAUAAAAGAAUUACCUGCUGAAAUGAACAGAAUUGUUUUUUGGUGUCUUGCCUCCUCAUUUCGUAUCUACUAGAUUGUAAAAUUCAAAGAUAAACUAUAAAACCAUGUGAAACCGAGUUACUGUUGGAAGCUAUUUUCAAAAUGCUUUAUACAAUAACGCUUGCUAUUUCGAAAGUGGAGAUGGCCCCGGUGACAAGGUUGUGCACGGCUCCUACCUUUUGUGAAAUUCCUGUAACCGAUGUUUGUUGUCUUGAACUCUGACGUGAAGAAGGCGUGAAUUUCUAGUGUGUAAUUAAUCAGCGUGUACCCAUGAGUAAAAGAAAACGCACUUCAAGCCACCCUGGAAUCGAUCGAUUUUUCUAUAAAUCACGAUGAACGGAAAGCCAGGUAGACGAAGGUGAUUAAACAGCCGGUAACUGCGAUCGACAAACACCUUUUUCAUGCGUCAGAAAACAGAAAAAUGCACUUACAGGGUUAUCCUUUUCAAAAAUUUUCUGGGGGAGCAUGUCCCCAAACCCCUCUAGGGCCUUAGACUCUGCGGGUCUUCGCUACGCGGCUGCCGGCCUCGUAGUGUACAGCAGUGCUACAGGUGACACCUUUAAUGAAAUGGCUGCCUAAAAACGUAUUGACAUCCCUGUAUAUGUAUUACAUGUAUUUAAGUUUAUGGAUCAAUGGGCUCCUAGAAAUUUGGCUUGGGCUCCUACUUUUUUUAUUUUAGGAGCCCAAAGGGCUCCCAAAAAUCUGCAUUUUCUUCCUUAAACAAUAAGAUGAGCAUCCCCAUUAUUUUCAUAUGGGAGUCAAGGGACAAAUCUUGUCCCCAAGUACCUGCAAUUGAUGGUUUGAAGAAUUGCAACACCAACAUUUUUGCUAACCUACAAGUACUAAUGUAAGUUGUUUUAAAGUGUACCCAUGAAGAAAUAAUAUUACGAUUGAUGGUGAACUUUCUAUCAUGGUUUUAUUUUUCUUUUUUGCUCUUCUGAUAGGAGGGGAAAUGAAGACAGAGUGUACUGCAAACCACUUGAUUCUGUACCUGUUUCUGACCAACAUGUGGCUCUAGGAAUACUGCUAGAACUUGCUGUACAGCGUGGCUCCCUUCAACACAUGCUGGAAGCUAUUUUGCUGUUGUUAGAACUUUGGGACAGUGGACAAGAUAAUGACACUGAUUCUUGUUUUACAUCUGCACCUCUUAUUCAUUUGCUGCAGAGAUUUGAGGAGAUAAGUGGGGCUUCUCAAAGGACUCUAGAACCUAAUAAGUUAGCUGAUGAGGUAAGUUUGCUCCUUAAUGUCCUUAUUCUUUUCACAAGCAAUAUUUACCUACCAUCCGUAGGUGACAGUGCAUGAAUCGUAGACUAGGGCACUGGAUUUUAUUGAAUAUUGCAGUCUUCCAGGUUUAAAUUCUUGCUCAUGAAUAAUUAGGGCUAGGAGACCAAGAAAAAUUGAGAAUCAGCCUAGGUUAAAAAAUUUGAACCUGAAUUUAAUUUUGACCUGUAACAUACAUGUACAGCGGUACAUGUAUAUAGUGAUACUUACGCUGGGGUCAAUUAUUGAUAUUAAUGUUCCAACCAGAACUGUAGUUUGUAAAUGCUGAUGUCUCCUAGAUGCAUCUUGCAUGUACAUGUAUAUUUUACUCCAUAGGUCCUUUCAUCCAGUGUGCCUAAAGUGAGUCCAACAGAAUCAUUUCUGCGUUACCUAGCCCUCCCUGAAGAUGAAUCAGAGUUUGUUGAACUGCAGCACUGUGCUGUUGUUCUUGUUUCACACUUGGACAGAUUAGCUGCCCCUUAUCUGCCACUGUCAUCAAAUCAAAAGGUACAUUGCAGACACAGUGCAUGUAAUCAUUACUGAUAAUUUAAUAAUAAUAAUAAUUUGAGAAUUUAUAUUGCGCAGAUUCCAUGACCAGAUGAUCAACUGUGCAUUACAUCAAUACAUAGAAUAAAAAUAACUAAAUAAUAAAUGAGAAUCAUCAUUUGUUGUGUAUAAUGUUAAAAAACCUAACUAAGAAUAAGAAAAGCCUUACUCAAAGGUACAUCCAUAAAAGUUUUGCUAAAAAAUAAAUAUAAAUUACAUACGGAGUUGGCUAUAAUCGUCUCAUAUCCAACAAGAGCAAGUAGAAUGAUUGUUUUAUUAGAAACGCUCACAAAAUAUUGUAGAAAUGACCUAUUUUCAGCUUGUUUUUAAUUUUGAGCAGAUGCAUACAGUUACAUUGUACGAUAUUUGGAGAGCAUGGUAUAAUGGCUCAUAUACCAUGAUGGCUAAGCCAAGCAGAGCUCUAGAAUUGCAUUAUUUAAUGAUUCAUUUUUUAAUAAUAAUAAUUAUCUGGUUUAGACUCCAAGCGUUGCCCUUGUCCAAGAAGUUUAUGGGUGGGGUUGGCUCUCUUGGGGGAAUGCUGGUCAUACCUUGGGCCCAACCUCAUUGAGCAGCUUGGUGGAAAUUAUUGGCAUUGCUCAGAUUUGUUGCGCGGAGAAGUGUUUUCUGGCACUGACUAAAACAGGCAAAGUCUACACCUGUCAUUACAUGUCUGAGGGACAAGUGAGUGUUUAGUUUUAUGUUCUUGAACAUUAUUAAUUUCAUAAACAGCAAAUACAAUUACAUGUAUGGUUGUGUACACUGUAGGCUGUGCACGUUUUAUUUUCUUGGUUAAGUUAAAUGGCCUUUCAUAACUACAUGUAAUGAUAAUUAUGGUAAUUAUGGUAAAUAUUAUAGUGAAUCCUACAAUUACAAAUUUUCGAUAAGGGGAUAUGGCAAUUGCUGAUAUUACAGUUCUGCACACAGUGCACUAUGAAUAUACUGUGCACAGCAGGGUGUAGGCAUCGGAGAUUGGAGAAUUCUCCGUUUACUACACAGAAUUCUCUGGCUAACGGUCAAUAGCCUAUAACUAUUUUUGACUCAGAUGUGGAGCCCCUUUAAGAAAUAUUCUCCUGCAACAUUUCACCUUUCUCCUGCUACUAGAAUUCUCAAUGAAAAACCCUGAUACAGAUAAGGGCUUACAUGUAGUAUACAAUAAUUGAUACAAACAAAAUUGGAGACAAUUAUUUUGCUAAAUUUAAGCAAGUGGUGGCUAAUUUAUUUGCCAAACAAAUACAGCCAAAAUUUUCAUGGUUUUUGUAUAUGUACGUAAAAGAAAGACACCAGUCUGAUACUAGUAAUUUUUGGAUGUACAUUAAAAUUUUGAGUGACCUUGAUUAAAAUUAUUUAUGUCUGCAAAUCAGCUAUCGAUCUUUAGUAACUGUACAAUUUGUUCUACAGGGCCCUAUGCUCAUAGAAUCUCUAGCUAGAAGAUGUGAAAUCAUUAAAAUUGCUACAAGCCCAGAGUGCAAACAUUUCAUGGCUCUAAGCCGUGAGGGUGAAGUAUAUUCCUGGGGAUCUGGAGAUGGCGGCAAACUGGGCCAUGGGGACAACAAGUAAGAAUUUGGAGUGUAAAAAGAUGGCUUGUUGAUGCCCAAAGUUCUUUUAAAAUCAGUUUCUUGGAAUUAAAACCCUACUAAUUAUUUGAUUCUCAUACAUAAACACGUGAACAUAAGAAUUAUUUUCUUGUGAUUUUAUUCAUCACAUGACUUUAAGAUCCUUUCCUUUGUUAAAAAAUUAUUAUUUUUUUAUAAAUUAUUGUUGAAUCUCAGGCUUAAAAGGUUUACAUUGCCUGGUAAAUUACCCUUGGGAGCAAGCAUCUACAAGUUCCUAAAGGUCCCAAAGGAGUCCUUACAUUUGAGUUCCUAAAUAGCCAACACUUUCCGUAAUAGUCUAGGCAUUCUCAAGAGAACCUCUUUCUAGAUCACUUCAAGUCUGAUGGUAAUGUUAAGUUUUCCCACAUAUGAUAUUUCUCAAACAUGUCAGAUACACCUCCCAAUGCCCCAAUCUCAAUUGGCACACUUUCUUCAGCUUCCACAACUUUCCUAUUUCUUCUCGAAGAAAUUAGUACUUCUCAAUUACUUUUUUCCAGUUUUUUGUGUUUUACUUGUGCAUCUCCAGGGAUAGCGAUGUCUAUGAUCUUAGCCUCCUUUGCCUGCUUAUCAACGAAGAUGAUGUCCAGCCUUCCAGCUUCAACCACCCUAUCACACUGUACAUUGAAAUCCCAUAGAACUUUAAAACCUGUAUUUUCUACCACUUGCUCUAGGGUAUGUUUGUACCACUGUUCAUAUCACAUAUCGCUCCAAACUGUCAUGUCACCCCUAUUACUGACACUGGGCUAACUUGCUGCAUUCACUUGUUAGGCGACUUACACUUUCUCCUUUCUCUCCGCACAUCCUAACCCAUUAGUCUAAUAUUAUCAUUAUCAUUAGUCGAAUAAUAAAUUCUUAGACUAAUAAGAUUAAUAAUUGUUUUGUUGCUUACUGUGGUAGUUUUUGUGAUGAGCCAACCUUGAUUACUGGCCUUGCUGGGAAGCAAGUUGUUCAGAUUGCUUGUGGAAGCAGUCACAGUGCUGCUGUGACAUCAGAAGGAGAGUUGUACACAUGGGGCAGAGGAAACUAUGGCAGACUUGGACAUGGUACCAUUGCUUUAUUGAAAUAGAGCGAUUUUUGUAUGAUCUUGAAAAAUGGUUUUGGUUAGUGUUCGUUAUUUAUUUUAUCAGCCAAUGGAUGAAAAGGUAAAAACAUGGCCUCAUUGUUUUCUGGCCAAAGAAAACCCUAAUAUGGAGAAGGCAUUGUUCAAUUGGCUAAUCUUGUUGCAGUACAACGUCAAAGCAAAGUAUCCGUUGAUCUCUAGAAAGUUCUUGGGCAUGAAGUUUUUCACCCGAACAUUUGCUUAACCAACCAAAAGCCAAGUGCAUUUGCAUCCAUUCAAUAAACCACUUAAAUCGCUCUAUUGCCGUUCAUUUCUGGUUUUUGUUUUGUUCAUGAAUUUUCAUUUCAAGGUCAUAGGAAAAUCGCUCUAAUGUCAGUUGUCAGUUCAUGAUAUGGUUAUGGACAGAAAAAUGUAAUGCAGGGUGUAUUUUGUGCUUUACCGUAUCAGAGCUGUAUUAUUAUGAGGUCCCUUAACACCAAAUUAUUAAUGAGUUGUAUGUAAUGGCAAAUGCUUUAAAUAAAGCAAAUUUGCUUCUGUGGCCACUACCUACAGGAAAGGGACUGACAUUAAGGCAGUUUUAGUAUUUUGCAUAGUUCAAAGCAUUCAUUAACGGCAAAAUUAUCAGCAAAAACAAGUUUGAUAUGUCAGAGACCAUGUCAGAAUUUGUUUUAAACUGUCUGUAGCAAAUUGCAAGUCAACAAAGCAAAAGGGCAGUAAGAAUCAAGGGGAGCUGUGUCCAUCUGUCCAAUUCUUUCUCCUCCCCCCUCCUUUUCUCUGUCCUUCUGUCAGUCUCUUAUUCCAUCAGUCUGUCCAUUUGUCCACUAGUCCAUUCCUUCCAUCCCCACUGCUCUCUACUCUCCUCUAUUUUUCAAUAACUUUAGUUUUGUUUUGUGAGUCAUAUUGCAUCUUGGGUUUAUCAUUUCUGUAUUUUUUCCUUUUUUUCUAGGGAAUAGUGAGGACCACCUUGUUCCAAUGCUAGUGAGUGGUUUGCGAGGUUAUCAUGUUAUAGAUGUAGCCUGUGGCAGUGGGGAUGCUCAUAGCCUUGCUGUUGCUGAUGAUGGUAAGAAUCUCUAAAUACAUAGUUGUCAUUGACGUAGAAAAUUCCCUAAAAUUCCAAAAUAAUAUAUGUUUGUAAAAUUGUAAUGAAAGUAAAGUACCAUGCAGAAGCAUUGUCAUGUUUAUUCAGAAUUUUGGAUAAAGCUGUUUUUGUCGUUAUAAAAGUUCUGCCAGAAAAGGUUUCAUUUGAAUCGCAGCAACAUGGGAUUUCAUCCAUUUAAAGUUAAGAACAAGAUAGCCUCGCCCCAUACCUGGUCUUAAAAAGAAAAUGGUUAUUAAGUAGAAAAUAUAUUAGUAUUUGAUGCAGUUGGGUUAGACAGCUGUCUUGUUUAAAGUGUCGCCUCUUUCAUUUACAGAUGUUGUGUUGUGUUCAUGAUUGUUUCUUCAACAAGAUUGAUUGCCAUUAGGAAAAAAUAAUGAUGUAAAAACAGCAGCUAAAGGCUCCCAGAUUGGCAAUCAUGCUUGGACCCACAACCAUGAUAUUGAUUUUGACAAUGCCUUCAUUAUUGACAAAGGCAAUUGUCAUGUUACAAAGUAUUUGGAAUCCUAACACACUAUGAAAGUACAUAACGCUGACAAUAACUCUUGCCUUCUUCCCAUUCAAUAAUAGCAUUCUUUUGAACACAAAUUCUCAAAGAAUCCCUUCUUAAUUUUUAUUUUAUCGUAAUUUUAUUCUUUUACAUUUUUAUCACUUUAUAUUUUAGAUUUUUUUUCAUUUUCACAUCAUUUCACUUGUUGAAGAUUGAAUUUUUAAAAACAUUUUUAUCCAGAGAACUUUAUCACAAGCUUUGAUUUGCUUUUUUGUUUGUGACAGGUACAGUUUGGUCAUGGGGGGAUGGCGAUUAUGGCAAACUUGGUCAUGGUGGUAGUGACGCAUUUAAAGCUCCUAAAAUUAUUGACAAGCUACAAAGCUUUGGUGUUGUGCGCGUUUUCUGUGGAUCCCAGUUUUCCGUGGCUUUGACAAGGGAUGGGCAAGUGUUGACAUGGUAACUAUUGUUUGCUGUUUGACCCACAUGCCCCCAGUGUUAAUGUGUGUGUCACGGUGAAAAUUGCCCAUGUUAUAACUUGUUGAGCAACAAGAGUAACAACUUUUGUCGAUCAACAAAUUUUAAAACACGCAUCACUAGCUUAAGUAUUACAAAUAUUCUUCAUGUGAACUCUUGUUACAGGGGUAAAGGGGAUGGUGGCCGCCUUGGUCAUGUCGCCGAAGACCACAUGCGCCAUCCCAAAGUGAUUGAAGCAUUCUCUGGUAAGAAGAUAGUUGAUGUUGCUGUAGGAUCAGUUCACUGCUUGGUAGUCACAGAGGAUGGCGAGGUGUACAGUUGGGGCAGAAAUGAGCAGGGACAGUUGGGUGACACUUCUAAUAUUGCCAGAACAGAGCCUGCCCUUAUUGCAGCAUUAGACAGCAAGGAAAUAACUGGGGUGGCCUGUGGUCCUGCACAGGUGAGAUUUCUUUACAUUUGUAGAUUAUAUUACUGAUAGGUUCACAGAUAGGACAUUUGUGCCAUCAAACUACCAAAACAAAUCAAAUGCAACCAAAAAAUUGCUUUCUAUCAAGAUAGACGCACAAUGUAAAUCGUAAUGUAGUUAUAAUUAAAUUAUUAGCGGUGGUAAUAGCUAGGAAGCUGAAGUACUGAAAUUAGUGUGUGCUUGUAGUUGUAAUAACUUGAGAACGAUAACGUAAUGUGAGCAUAAUUUUUGUUAACAAUUAUAUCAUAUGACGCUGUAGUUAUGCAGGGGAAAAGGACGAAAUGUAGCAAAAUUGUGACACAUGUGUAGAGUUCUCGUUUGGCUUGUUAAGAUGUUGUUGUUGUUGUUUUUCCCUGUGUGGGCUUUCUUUCCUGGAUGAAAUAAUUAAAGAUACCAGAUCGAAAAACGAUUAUCACAUUAUAAGAAUUUCUUGGCAUUGAAUCAUACAAUGUCGCACAUAUAAUUCGUUCCCCUAGAGUUUUGCAUGGUCAUCAGCUGGUCACUGGAAUGUUGGUCUACGUCUUCCGUUUUGUCUUGAUGUUUGUAAGAAGACAUUUGAAUAUCUUGAUUCACUCUUACGGCGUGUAAGUGAAGACCUAACAGGAGCACUCGAUUGGCCCCCUCCUCCCCAAGAGAAAGAAUGCAUUGCGGUAGCAACAUUAAACCUGUUGAGACUACAGGUGAGCGAUCAAUAUUUAUUGGUUUCAGUGAGAUGUAUGCGGUGAUUUUGUUACAAAUGGUUAUGGUGAGUCCUGGGACUCAUUUUGUGAAAAAUCAUGAGUUCCAGUGUAGAGCCAAUGAGUCCCAGAUCAAAAAUCAACCAGUCCUAAAUUGAAAAUGCUUAGGCCUUUACAUAUAUGUAACCAGACAGUUAAUCUGAAGAGAGACUCCAAAACUUUUGAUUGCAGUUUACUGAAAUUAAAAUAUAAAUGUAGUCGUUCUAUUUAAAGCACAGAAUAGACUAAAAGAAAACGCAUCGUCACACAACAGCCACAAUAACAGCCGUAGAAUUCUUACGAACAAGAUAUUCAACAAAAACAUCUUCAGAUUGAUGAAUUGAUCUUUGUAUCCUACGGGCGGGACGCAUGCCAUUAAUUAUUUUGCGUCUUUGGAGAUUUUUAACCCAGUUUAAUGCAGAAGGCGUUGCAUGUUUUCGAGAAAGCCCUUUUCCCAUCUUUUCAGCGCCGUACAUUUUGCAGCUUCUAUUUAAAGAUUGCCUUUUCAUUUAUAUAUUUCCCUCUGUUUAAUGCAUCGGUGUUGUGGUUCGCUUUGCCUUAUACGGCUCUUUCUUUUGUUACUUUUUAAUUUCCCUUAUGGCCCUCCAUCUACACAGCACUUGCACCUCCAAAAUUGUGUCAUCGCUGAAAGGUAUUCUGCUCCAUGCGUAUUUUGCUUUUAAUAACUCUGUGACUGUUUUUGCUCUUCAGCUUCAUGCAGCCAUUACAGGAAGUGUAUCUGCAGAUGAUUUAGGUCUUGGAGUAGGAAGCAAGCUUCUUCAGUCCCUCAAACAACAAGUGGUCACACUUGCCAGUAACAAGGGGGUUUUAAAGACAGUGCAAUCUGCAGCUCAAGGAGCUCUGAGAAAUGGCUGGGUCUUAUUACUCCCAACACCAGAGGAAAGAGCAAGAGCAUUAACUGACCUACUUAUUGAAAGUAAGUCGAAAAUAGAAUGUUUUUUUUUUUUUAAUCGGUCCAUUUCUUUUUCUUUUCUCUUCUCGACUCCUCUACCUUCCCUCCAUGUUUUUCGUCUCCCUUGUGUCAUCCUUCCAACUCGCCUCUCCGACGUUCAUUAGUUGCACUUGUCAUUCUGUUGUCCAUGUAUGCAUCUCUACCUCUAUCCCUUCUUUUAAUCAACUUUCCACCCAGCUGUCCAUCCAUCUUUUGACCCAUAGCACCGCUCAAAAUUAAGUUAACUUUUUAUCUUUGUUGUGCAUCGAGAGUCACACUAGGCAUGUCUGGUCAUCUCACUAUCCACCAGUUUGCAUCCCCUCCCCUGUUAUUACCUCUGACUUCUCCUUCAGUUCUAUUAUCUUAUCCGCCCAACUGCACCAUGUACAAAGCAAAUUAUGCAAGCUCCUCUCUAACUUGAAGUCUCUUUUCUGAUUCUUCUCUUGAUUCUCUGCCAACAGCAUGCGACAAACCAACAUCUUCGCCAGCCGGAAGAAAGUUCAUGUCAGACCUGCUCAUUAGCAGCCUGAUGGCAGAAGGUAGUCUAGAAUCUGCUCUUGAGACAGCUAUAGAAAAUGACAUAAAAGAAGGUGCGGGGAAAAAUGACAAGGAGAAAACGUCUGAAACUAAGGAGGAGGUUGUUGACGUUCCUCUACUUCAUCUAACGCAGCAACUGCUGAAGACAUCUUCUGGGCAAGUCUUAAGUGAAUUUCAGCAGUUAAAUCUCAAGCCACCUGUUGUUCAGUGGCCGUACAUUCCGCCACCCCGCCCCAUGACCGUGGAACUGCUAUUAAAAUUACAAAGACUUCUUAUAGGAAGCUUCUUUUUACAUCAUGAAGAUGAUAGACCGUGGUAUUUGUUUAAAGGUUAGUCUGUGAGAGUAUUUUGGUCAAGUUUAUUUUUAGCAGCAUCAAGUCCAAUCUUUUAGUUGUAGUCCCUUGUUUUACCUUUGCCAUGAAAUUCAUUCCUGAUACGUUUGUAAACCUUGAAAAUAAAGCAGACGCUUGGCCUUUUCUCUUUUAGAUUGUUUAAGCGCUAGUUGAAAGGGAGAGCAACGCUUGGUGUAGAAUUUCAUUGCAUUACUUUGAGUGAAAUGCCUGCGUGUAUUUCACCACUUAUAGAUUUUUAGAUUCCACUAUCCCACCUUUGCAUCUGUGCUUAUAUCAUCACAUUUUAAUGCCUGAAUGAAUAAGGUGCUUGUUCAUGACCACUUAGAAGCAAAUGUAUGUUAUUUAUUUCGAAGGUGAAGAGAGGGCUCUGAGUGUUAAGCAAUGUGGAGCUACAUUACUGUUACAUAAGUAUGCUACUUUGCUCUGCGCCCAUGUUGGUGAGAUUCUUCCUGUAGCCUCUUCAUUGGCAUCAAAUGGUCCACGGCACUUUGUAAUGGCCUCCCAGAUAAUCCAACGAGAAUUUACAGGUGUUUUACUACCUGAAUUUCUGAGUGCCAUGGUCUUGCUGCAGACUUGCAUGCCAAGUGUCAUGGACUCAUCUAAAACAGUUCCUCUCAUUAGUGGUCUGCUAGACUUGCUGGACAAGUUUAACACGCUGGCCCCUGGCGUGCAAAAGGAAGACGAGGAAGAUUUAGCCUGGCCUGGCGGGAUAGGAAGCCCAACACCAGCUCGACGGAGAGCUGAUAAUGAUAUAACAUUUAUCAGGCCUGAAGACCUAGAAAAUCAUAACAAAGACGGUGGUCUGUGGGUGGUUAUUCAUGGAAAAGUUUAUGACCUUCAAGAUUUCAAAGAUCAGGUACUUUGACUAUUUUGUAAGUGUGUAGAACAGUUGCUUAGUGAAAAGGAUGGCUGUCAAGUUUAAACCAGGAUGAUUUCGACACUGUAAUGGAAAUGCAUUCCUAGCCAAACGCCAAAUGAAUGCCAUUGCAAAUGAUGUUGUUGUUUCUGUUGUUGUCGAUGGUGAUCGUGGUGAUGAUGACAAUGAUGCUAAUGAUAAUGAUAACGAUGGCGAUAAUGACGACAAUGUUGAUGAUUUUGAUCAUGUGAAAAGUGACAAUAAUAAAAAUGGUGAUUAUUGCUGUUAAUUUUUUUUUCAAGGCCCCGUGCGGAAAAGAACGGCUUCAGUCAUAUGCAGGUAAACAUUUCUUGGAAUUAUUGUAUAAAGUUCUAUGAUGAUUUUUUUCCGCUCCGCAUAACGAUGUGAUUUGCAAACCCACCAGCAAGGAUCAUUUUUCGCAUGCAAAUGGUUGUGUAGCGAAGAAUUGUAAUUUCGUUAUCGAUUGAACGGAUCUUCAGACGCGUAUUUGACAUUCCCCUAGAUUUUACUUGGCGAGUCACCAAACUCGAAAGGAGAGAACUCCUCUUAUAGAGAUCGGUCAAAAUCACUCUUGUAAUGUUUGAUUAUUACUACUAACCAAGGUCUCCUCUUCUGUCAGUCAAAGUGGCUCAUGUCGCGUUGAUUAAGAAAACUACGAGAUCAAAUAGUCUAUGGUAUUCUCGCGAAAUCAGUUGACUGUAAUCUAUGCCAAAACUUUCCGCUUCGAUGAUUCUGGCACUACGAGUUUCUCGUCGCGCGGGCAGGAAACGAGAUGCGACUGGUAACUGACUUUUGAGCGGUACUGUAAGUGAGGGUGGGCGUUUUAGACGUGUUGGUACAUGUAUCAACAUGUAUCAUUGGUUUAUUAAGGUGGAGAAAGUUAAACAAUGUAGUUAAUGCAGUUGUUCUUUUCUAUUUUGCUCAGCAUCAGAUGCCACUCAAAUUUUUGAGGAAACCAAGCAUUCAUUGGAAGCAAGAGAAAUGAUGCAAGCUUUCUUUGUAGGGAUUUUUGUUGAAGUGAGUGGAAGGAGAAAUUAAUAUUUUAUUUCAUAUCUGUGUAUGUUGAGUGACUUCGUGUUCCCUGAAAGAUAAGCGGUAGUAGACAAAGUGCAUCGCAUUAUGGCAUUUGUAAUUACAGGGUGUCCCAAAAGUUCGUUCCUCUAAUUUCAUGCGCUAUAACUUUUGAUCAAAACUUCAUUUUUACAUGAAAUUUCUAAAAUAUGUUUCUCACUCUAUCGAGUACUUGUGUUCAGAAGUUCAGUUACCGGCAUCCCCCCUUUGUUUUCUUAUCACACUCUAUAGCCGUUGCGGCAUUAAGUGAGAUAAGCCAUGUAACAUGUAAAGCCCUAGAUGAUUCAUUUUGAGCUUUUUUUUUUAUCACCUAGUAUGUAGGAAUUACUUCGACCCCCAAACAAUAUAAUUCUUUAGAUUAGGCAGCUGAAACAACAUAUUUUGGGCAUUGAUCCAAGAAAAGAUGAUCAUUCCGUCCCUUUUCCACAGUAAGGCUUUUGUUCUUCUUUACAAAUUUGAGACGAGCUGAACAUUGCUUGACGGACGGCCCUGGCCGGGAGUAAAGUUUUUUUUUGCCAUCUCAGUGGUCUCCAAACUUUGCUUUUCAUGAACCUGCUCCAGACUUAACUUGCUAACUGUUGUAAGAACUACCUCGUUAGGUUUCCUGUUUUGUACAUGGCCUUCUUUAAAACUAUUUUAGCGGUUUUAUUCAGGACUUUCAGUCUUACCCCUCGUUUCUUGUCUGUAAAACCUUCAUUUCUCUAUGACCAUCUUACCACCCAACAUUCGGAUUUUUCCAUUUUUUUAGGAAUUUGUGCAACUGAUAAGCCAGUAGAUAGAAAUACAUGCUUCUGCUUGCACGUAGCUGAGUGUUUUUUCGUUGAAAGGGUUUAAUCUUUCAGGAUAUUCACACAAAACAAGUUAGGAGUUCGAGCAUUUCGGGCUACAAAAUGCAAAAAAUAUAUGGCGGGAAAAUUUACUCGGUCAGCACACCUUUGGCGCGAAAUUACACAAAUAGAAUUUCGAGUCAAAAGAUGGCACAAGAAGUAUGAAAUAUUAAAUUAGAUUGAAAGUCACAACUUUAGUUUAAAUUAUGUGCUUAUCAAGUCCAAUCGUACUGCGUUACAGACUCAUAAAGUAGAGGAACGAACUUUUUGGACACCCUGUAGUGUUGCCUCUUUUUUCAGAGCGAUUUCUUGUGCUUAUCCUUCAUAUGAACCUUAGCGAUCAUUUAUACACAUGUUAAACUUAUUUAUGGUCUGCCACAUGAUCUGAUCAGAUCUUCCACAUGAGCACUUUUCUUUUCAUGAGUUGAUGCAAAAUUGCGUGUUUACGUCUACAUCUGUCCACUCAAGGACUAAUAUCCAGUCUGUGUUCGUUUCUUUCGUACACGGAGCUGGGCGGAAAAUGCUGAAGUUUGCACGAGUUCUGAAAAUUAAAGGAACGAGUGUGGACAUAACCUCAAAGCAAUUCGGAAAUGGACUAUCCAUCCACUUGUGAAGGGAACUUUGCUCUCUAUUUCACAGUAUAUGGAGAAAAUAUCACAAACUUUCUCUUUUUAUCUGAUUAUGCAUUCAUAAUUAUAUUCAUUUAAUUGCAGCCUGAUCAAGAGCUUGCCUUGGACAGUGCAUUGUCAGUAUCGUCUCCACUUAUCGAUUGCGAGCGCACUCUUGGCCUACUACUUGGUCUCUAUGCCUAUCACCUUGCCCAAAGUACCCCAGUCAGUAUUGAAGAAGAUGAAUACGACAGAUGGUUAACUGCAGAUUUCUUCUCAGGUGGAAUGGAGGCUUCUUCUGCACCUGCCUAUGCCAAAGUUGGAAAGUGAGUUUUUUGGAGUGCGGGGCAAUAACAUUUACCCUCGCCCCUUCUCACCUACCCUCCCGCCGGAGCCCUCAAACAUCAAACUAGAACAAACUUAAACAACUAGGAAUUGCUUCCAAGCUUGUUUAAGUUUGUCGUUUUUUUUUUAAAGGUUCUUAGGGUCUGAAUAGGGAAACAACUUGUCGGUGCCUUCUAAUAACACCUUUUUCUGGGCGAGAAGUGGUUCAGCAAUUCGUUUGGGUUGGAUAAUUGUCCCAAAAGGAGGAGGAGCGAGAGCAUUUAAAGAAACGAAGAAAAGUUAGUGCUCUCAAGUCUUAAAAGCUCCAAAUAAAAGUUCUGACCAUUCUUAACAGGAGUAGAUCCCAUCACCUAAAUGUACAAAGGUAAUUUUGGCACCCUUCACUUCAUCCCGUUCUAAACGUAUCUCUUAUUUAUUUCAUCUUGAAGAAAGGAGAAGGAAUCUUCAGAAGACAAGACUGAACCUUUCGCUCAACAGAACUCGCAUGGUGAUCCCGCUAAACCGUUUUUACAGGCCCUGGCUGAAAGUAAAGUGGAGGAUGAUACUGCCUUGAAAUUUCUAGCCGCCACUGAGCGAUUCUGUAAACAAAAACGAAUUGUUUUGCCAAUUGAGUUCCCUGCAGAUCACCCUGUGGAGAAAGUCGGAAGGAUGCUCAUGGCUUGCCUCUUAAAACAUCAAGAACUUGGUAAAAUGGCUAACAACUUAGACAGUCCCUAUAAUCGGCACUGAAUCCUCCUUUGUCUGUUUCCUUAGCAUUCAUUGGCCUUUUUGGGCCGAGGUUGUGUGUAAGAUUGGAUUGGUGUGGUUUGGGUCACUUCAUUCGACUGUUUGUGGGCGCUAUCACUUCUGCUGGCCAUUUUGAAGUUGUGCCAGAAACCGGAUAGACUUUCGUCGCCUUGCGCUAUGCAGGAUCUCUCUGCAUAAUAGACUGAUUGAUUCGAUGGACAUCUAUCUAAACGGACAUUAAGAUAAUCACAGACAGACAGUCAGAUCAACAGAAAGACAGACAACAGGAUGUAACCAGUUCUGGGCCAGACCCUUUAAUGCGAGAGAUCUGUGUAACCUCUCCUAACUCAUUGACCAUUCUCGAAUCCCCUAUAAUACACUCUGUUUGCCCCAACAUAAGGUAGUGUUUUUAGAUGCUCUAAGUCCUCCCAGGAACAUUCGAAAACACUAGUUCAUGUAAAAUUUGGGGUUCGACAAGUAGAUAAUAUGUCUUCUCAAUUGUACCAUGACACUUUUCUUGUUUUGUAGGGAAUGCUGCCCUUAGCGUAUUAGAUGGCGACGUUUACUCGCCAUCCACGCCUGCUUUAGAGUCGCCUCUGGAUGUACCAAGCUCUACUUCAGAGAGUUUUUUAUCACACACCCCUCCCAUUAUCAUACCCAGACCUGUCAGUGAAGUCCUCAAAGUCGUGUACCAGACAAAGUGUGCGCUGUUGAGGGUGAGUUGCAUUCGUAUUAUGAGCCUGGGGCUCCUCCUUUUUCUAAACUUGACGUCGUUUUUCCAAGAUGCAACAGGGAUCUUAACAAGUUGUCCUCGGUACUCCGACUCCAAUUGCAUGGAUUAUCAUUGAAUUGAUUACUGUAGUUUUCGAUUGGUUUGUUGACUGCUCAAGGUUAAUUUCGACUUUAGCUAGUCAGGCAACCAAGAGGUGAAGGUCAUCUCAAGCAGAUGUUCGAAAGAGGUGAAGGUGGUCGUCCUCUUAAUAAUUGAGUGCCGUGGGUACCUUCCUUUGCCCUGCAAAAAAAGGCUAGGCCUUCCCAUGGCUCGGGUGAACACGUACAAAUGGCGCCUCCCACUGUCCUCAAUUAGUACCCUGUUGCUAAGUAUACUGAUCCUUAGUUAUCAUCAUCAGCAGCAUGAUCAUCAUCAUCAUCAUCAUCAUUAUUAUUAAUAUUAUUAUUAUUAUUGUUUUGGCAAAGAGUCCUAAUAGGCGGAUUCCGUUUAAUUAAAUUGCACAUAUGAACAUACCACCCUGAUACAUGUGAACUUUGUAGGCUCAUCAGGAAUCGUCUCGCUCGUACGAAGAGGUCUGCUCCCCGGCGCUGGAGAGGUGCCAGUUCCUUUUCACAGAGCUUCACCCUGCAAUGUCCAGUGAGGUGUCCACUUUGUCCCGACUGAGGAUACGAAACACACUACCUCGCUGGGCCCGAACUGUUCAGCAGAUGAUCCAGAAAAAGAAGAACACAGAAGAAAAGGAAAAACCCGUCAUUAGAGAAGGAGGAGAAAUUGCUCAUACUGAUGCUGAACUCCUGGAGGAGAAAGCUGUGAAUGAAAAGGAAAAUGUUGAGCGUAAGAGUAAACAAAAGGUAACCUAAUUUCGAAAGAACUGUGUUUACUCUUAAAAUCAAUAUAACAAAACUUUCAAUUUCCCCUUUCAGUUGUGCAACUUAUUCUGCAAUAAACAGCAGCAAAGCAAAACUGCACGCUGAUUUGUUACCAUGGUGACCUCACCGAUGGAAUUUAGCUCCACACGCGGAAGUAACACUGUAUGGUAGUGACUAAACCUGUAUAGCUUUGCGUUAUCGUGUUAAGCAGUAUGCAACUUUGUGUAGCGGUGAAAAGCCAUGUGUAUCUCUUGUGUACACUAGUUUUCUUCAUAUUGCCAAUAGAAUAAUCGUACCAUUUCCCAAGGGUUAUCUGAUGGUGAAGUUAACUACUUUCCUUUCCACGUCCACUAUUAUUUCGUGUAAGGUGCCUCUUCUGAAUCCUUUCGGUGCUUUCCAGUAUAUCAGGCAUAGGUCUAUUAGUUUAAUCACACGCAAGUCUCCUUAUAAGAUCUGAACAGUUAGUUUGCUGGAGCUUUUAUCUGUGGUGGGCCAUAUAAAUAUGUGAACAAAGAAAUAGGUAAAGAUAAUCGAUUUUACUUGCGGUAAUACAGAACAGAAGCGGAGGAGACGUUUUAAUUUUUAAUGAUAUUAAAAUUCUUGUUUUGUUGCAGGUGGACCACACAGCUUUAAAUACCUCACUAUCAAGUGUCCGUAAAGUGAAGUGGCUUCGUGAGCGAAUGAUUGGCUCCUCUGUAAAGACACUGUUAAUGAAUCACAUUAAAGAUUUCGUCCUUCAUGAUGAGCCAGUGGAUGUGGAUAAGCUUCGAAAAUGUCUUCACAUGCAGGUUAGUAUGUGGUUUAGGUUUUCUUUUCUGUCAGCUAUUUAUAGCCUACUCUACGGAACUUAAUUCCCCUGUUUCCCUUCCUGGACGUUUUCUAGGCGAGUAGCGGCAAUAUAUGAUAAUUAUGUAAUAUACACAAGGGUGUUGUUGUUGUUGUUGUUUUUUCUAUACUUUUUGUCAUCAUCACCAUUACCCCAUUAUCACCACCACCACCAUCACCACCAUUACCACCAGCACCAUCAUUGUCGUCCUCGUCGUCGUCGUCAUCAUCAUCAUCAUCAUCAUCAUCAUCAUCAUCAUCAUCAUCAUCAUCAUCAUCAUCAUCAUCAUCAUCAUCAUCAUCAUCAUCAUCAUCAUCAUCAUCAUCAUCAUCAUCAUCGCCAUCAUCAUCAUCGCCAUCAUCAUCAUCAUCAAAGGUCAUCAUCAUUGUCGUUUCCAUAAUAGCAGCAAUCGCAUCGCAUAGUCGUUAUGAAUUAUAAUGUCGUCAUUACUCUCAUAAAUUGAAAUAACUUAAAACGGGCAUUUCAACACGUGUCUUGUGGAUGUAGCGAGACCUUCAUUAAACUGAGAACGGUUUGCGUGUGUUUAACUAGUAUUUUAUCCGAUGUUCAGCCACCGAUAAGUAAGUCGAGGGAACGAGGGACUGCCAGGUUUUUUGAACGACUUCUAAGUGACUGCAAGUGGGAUGGCACAGUGUGUCAAGAGCUCUAUACAUGUUGUGAAAUGAGCAGAAAUUCCUCAAGAAUUUGUGUUAAUAAAGUUCUUAGCAAUUAAGGUCCUGUUUGUACACCUCAUUUACGGUAGCAAUUCCGUUGUUCUCUUCAUGAAUUAGUGAUGAAUUGUUUUACAUUCUUUUCUUCUUUUUGUUUUCUUUUUUUAUAUACAUCUAGUUUGAGAGAGGUCAACGUAGGCUGAAAGGAGCAGAAACUCUUCUUUCUCUUGUGUCCAAACAAUAUCUAAUCCCGUCCGUUCGUUACUCGAUUUUGUGUGGUUGGCAAGGUCUUCUCUUGACUCACUCGCAAGCGCAGUAAGUAUCAAACCCUUUUAACUCGAAUAUCAGCUAGUGUGAUCUCCACAUUCUUCUCUGUAUAUUUCCUAUUAUCAUUUUCAUCAUUAUCAUUAUCGACAAGUGUCCGUUUAAUACAGGUUGGAAACAAUAGAAAUGACUAUUUCAGGUACUUUUUAGCUGUCCGCUUCUGCUUAAUAGAGGUGUCCGCUUAAUAAAGCUUUCAUUUAAAGUAAAUAAGGGAAAUAAAUUUGGGUACUUCGGCUACUGUCCGCUUAAUAGAGGGUGUCCGCUUAAUACAGGUUUCACUGUAUUUUGUUAUUGACGUUUUCGUUUCCUUGCGUGGUUGUAUCUUGAAGUCCCUAUUGAUGUUCUGCAUGUUGAUGUUAUGUUGAUUCAUUUUAGCAACGCUGUUCCGCACUGCACGGCUGAUGUUGGUCUCAUUCCACCCUACGAUCGUGUCAUCCUCGAAAGAGCUUUUAGCAGGAUAAACAGUUGGGCUGUCAACACACUGCGUGAAGCCAUCAUCUUUGCUGACGAUACCUUUAAGAGAGCGGAAUCAAAACCUGACUCUACCCCUAAUGACUUUCACGGUGGCUUAUCGUUGGGUGCCCUCCCUGUGGCGAGGUUCCUCUUGGCCACGUUGGGUAUUCUCACCGCACAGCAUAACGCGAGUGACAUGAGUCUCAUACUGAACUCGGGAACCAUCGGCUUGACUCAGACAAUCAUGCGCCUGGCAGGACCCUGUGAAGCUGCAGAGGAAGAGGACUCGAGCCUGGCCGCUAUCAUUGAUGAAGCUAAAGCUACAAAGAAGGUUCCUACUAUACCAAUCACCGGGCCUGAAAUGGCCAAAAGAAUGAAGAUUGGUACUCGUGUGGUGAGAGGUCCAGACUGGAAGUGGGGUGAUCAGGUACACGCAUAAACCAGGGUCCUAUAGAAGCUGCCGAGUUUACUGAAUCGUCGUAUUUGUUUUGGAACAGUUUGUUUGACGAUGAAAGCAUGCGCGAUAUAAAACAAAGCAAAUAUGGGUCAUUAAAGGUGUCCUUCUCGUGGUUAAACUUCGUUCCCUUAAAAUUGUUCUCCGUCUCAGGGGAGUGGAAAAACAUCUCGGCACAAGGAAGAGAACCAGUAACAAACUAAAGCCACCCGUCGUGCGUAUGUUUUAUGUUCUGGUUAAUUACCGCAAAGCCAAAAUGAUCUCCUAAUAAAAUUGCCCUUUAAGAGAUGAUCAGUCUCACAGAGAAUAGCUCUGCAUAGGUUGAGCCUCUGUUUGGGUAUUUCCGAGGAAAUCGAAGUCGCCACGAUCGCCAUUGAUGAUCAGAUUGCCAUUCCAAUCAAGGUCGACAAUGCUAGUCGUGCAGUGACGGCAAACAAAUCCGCCGAAAAGUGUACUGCACGUUCAAAGUUUUUGUUUUGCUUAUUAAACCUGUUGCUUUUUGGUUUACUCCUUUCCGUCGUCUUUGCGGUUGCGCUGAGUUCGCCAGUAGAGUUACUACUCAAAACAAAUCUUGAUAUGCGACGAUUUUGCCAGACGCGCAACGAAACUGACGUCCGCAGGUAAACACACAGAGGUUUCUCUAGGUGAUUGUUCUAACUGAAUGUAAACAGCACUGCUCUCCGUGUUUUUCGCAGGACGGACCUCCACCUAGUGAGGGCCGUGUUAUUGGGGAGCUCGGAGAAGAUGGCUGGGUGCGUAUUCAGUGGGACACUGGCAGCACCAACUCAUACCGCAUGGGCAAAGAAGGGAAGUAUGAUCUAAAGCUGGCAGGACCGCCUCCCGUGCCAGAGAGCAGCGAAGAAGAGGAGGAAGCCAUGAAAGGUAGGUCUUUUAGCUCUUUAAAGAGUAAGAUCAAAAUUUGAAUUCUCAUAUGUUGCCCCUGUUCAUUUCCUGCAGAAGUAGUGGGGAGAAGUUGAUAAAAUAUCAAGGAAAUUCGUCUUGUGUAAUCAUGUCCGUAAUUCUCAUGACCACUCUGUUUUACAAAGCAUUGGUAUUACAGGGAGAAAUUUGAUGCUAAUCUCUCUUAGGGCUUAAAGGGUGAAAUGUUCAUAUGACCUGCCAGGUCACUAUUUUAGUCGAACAGAACAGACACUUAAGGCACAAUUUUGACUCUUGAUUUCUUUAAGAACUGUGCAAAUAUUGAUCUGCCAAGUAAUAUUCUUUAUCUUAAGUGUUUUAUCUCCCCGGGCAUCAUGUGCAGCGGUAGGUAAAUGGUAAGUACCCAAAUGAGUUUCUCCUUUUUUGUCAGAUGAUUCAAAGAAAGAGAAGACCGAAAUCCAGUCCACCCACCCCACCGUCCUGAUACGUCACUCUUGUGUGUGUUUACUGCAAGCACUGGCCAUUGGCUGUGGUCUCCAUGCCAACAGUUUGCAAAUAGAAAGCGUCAGAACUGUUAGCAGUCUUUUGCGUAAUCUACUGGAUGCAAGUACAACUGGUUAGUAUCUGCUGAAACCAGGUGGUAGUGUCUAUCUUCAUUAACUUUAGGGGAUCCUAUUUCAAAAUAAUUUCCGAACUAAUGAAUACUCCAUGAGAAAUUGGAAGUUUGAAAAUCGGACCGUAAUAACAAUCAAAUGUUUACGAACGUUAACGUUGAAUUUCUACAGUAAUUAUUGUUCAUUUUGAAACCCCAUAUCAAACACUCCACUCCAUCCAACAUCCCGACAUCUCGAAGUUAGUCUUUGAAAGAACUCUGCGUUUUUUAAGUAACUUCUCUUUUUCUGGGUAAAAGAUAAAUGCACCGAGCUAAGUGUUCCCUCUUUUCGGCAACUUGAUUAUCGUCUUUGUAAGUCUACUAAUUUGCUCUUUUGAUUCUUCUGACUUUAUUACUUGUAGAAACAAAGUGAUGCAAUAUCUUUGGGGAAAAUGUUAAAAUGUAACCGUUAGACUGGAGAUCGUGCCCCGGCUUUUCAAUGGGAAAGGUAUCCAGCAGUCUUCAAAGGAUAAUCAGAAGACAAUCUCGGCUCUAGUUACUAUAAGGCCCGUAAAUCUCUUCCUCCUUGUCAAAAUGGAAUGGCUCGUCUAACACUGACAAUUGCUUUCUGUUUUAUUUCCUUAAAAGGCGAAGGUAGUAGCGUUGUUAUGGCUCAACAGCACAGAGACUGGGCCAAGCUUGGUUUCAUACGGGGUAUUACAGUGUCACCGGUCAUUUGCUGCUCCCUCAGUACCCCUCAUUGGGUGUCUCUUUUGCUCAGGGUGGUGAGGGGAUCGCUUCCUGGCGAAGAAACGCUACUUCCUACUGCGUCUACAGCCAAUUUGCCUCGGCAGGUAAUAACUCCUGUAUUUAUUAUACCCAACCCUAGAGAAGGUGUUUUCGUAGAAAUCCAAACACCGUGAAAUAUUUCGGGAUUGUGCACCAGUUUUCUAAAACCAAUGAUUAGUUAUUUGGAUUCUUUUUAAAUGCUCUUUUGAACUGUUUCGGAAAUUUGCUGAAUGCUAAGUAAUUUUUUGAGAAAAAGAAGUGAAACGUUUGUUAUUACUAUAUACAGAAUAUUGAAUUUUAAGCCGCUUGUACUGUCUUUAAACAUAUCGUAAUGUACGGAUACAGAGAACUUUUUUUCUUUUUUAGUUUGUUUGUUGUUUUCGCUGUUUAAUAUUUUAAAAAACGGCAAUUAAUAAUAAUUGGAUGAAGUUGAGCAAGAUAUCGUGAUUUGUCAGUGGUGAGCAGUUAAUUAAUGUGCGAGACAUUGACAAAUCACGACAUUUGGCGGCAACCGAGUUCAAUAAUUGUUUUAUCAUUCGAUGACCAUGUCUUUUUUCAAUUAUUUGCGAAUUAUUUCACGCAACAGCGAUCUCAAGAAGGAGAAAAGCGAAAUACAGCCAGCAGCCAAACACAGUUGGACGAUAUUGCGCAUGAGCAGACCAUUAUUUGUAGGCAGUUAUUGGCAGGUCUCGUCCAAUGAAAAGGAAGAAAAAUUUGCAUCGAAUGAUAACUUGAUUCUCGGCUUCCACCAACAGAUUCUUGCCAUGCGGUUGCUGAGAGCUGUUCUGCCUUCAUGGGAUGUAACAAAGGAAUCAUCCAGGAUGUCUGAAGUUGUAGCUAAACUUUUUGCUCUACUUGGAAGAGUCUUGAUGACUUGUCACGGAAGUCUGCCUAUUCAACCUCCUUCAGGUUUGUUUUGCGUCUGGCUAAAAUCAUAUCUCACUUUAAUCCCCUUUUCUGACCCAGUUGGUUUUGGUCUUGUUUUGGUAGGUGGUAGGUACAGUCAACCUUCGCCUUGCAGGCAUCUCGCGUUAAAGAUAUGUAAAUUCUAAGACGAGAAUGACUGCGAGAGGGAGAUUUUCUCAAUACUUAGUAGCUCAGGAUGUCUAUCUCGUCCUCACAGUCGCCCCCGCUCCUCGAAUCUAAAGGCCUCUAUUUACAUGGCCAAUACGGAUAGACGCACAAGUUCAUGGAAAAAAUUCGCAUGUUUGUCUCACUCUAACGAACUGUCACCAUUAUGGACAAAUUUUUUGGUCUUGAAAGACCAGUUUUCUUGUUGAAUUUCUUCAUAAAGGUAGUCGAGGGGCAUCUUUGAAUAUUUUUCAGACAAUCAGACUGAAUAUUUUUUUCCGUUCUCCAUGAUCUCCUUUGUCCUUUGCGAAGGACACCAACACCAGCUUUGUAACCUCUCUGAGUUUGUCCUAUUUGUCCAAAUAUCUCCGGCGCGGAAAUUGUUUCCACGAGCGAUGAAAAUGUGAACAUAUUUAUCCCCCUGGUGCACAAAUAAAAACCUUGUCGCACACUGCUACUAAGGACUCUCUUGUAGUACCAACCCUCAAAGUUAAAAUUUUUGUUCAGUGGCCAUUUGGCGAUCAGCUCUUUGGGUUUAGUCGCCAGGGGAAAUUUUUAGGCGCCAAAUUAUAUUAAUGACUUAAUAUAUCAAAAUUGUCAUUAACAAAAGCAGUUAGCAAGUUUAACUUAAAAUGCAGCACUGUCAUAUAAAUUACUCGUUUAUUGUGUAAGGCAUUAGUUACUGAUAGUCUGAGAAUAAGGGUUGCAGAUUCAUCUCCUUGAAUCAAUACUGAAACGGAAUUGUAAAGACAAUUACCAUUUCCAUUUGUCUUUAGGGCCUUCAAUCCUUCUAUAUAAUCCCCAGUUGGUAUAUGAGAGCAGAACUUAACUCAUCCUCUGUUAAUGUUUUCAAAAUUUCCCAGUCGCAACUUGAUAGGCGACCUAUUUUUUUCUGAUAUUUGUUUCGCAUUUCUUUUGCGACUUUUGUUGAUGAUGAACUUGUUUCCCCAACUAACAAAUAUUUUGGGAGAUUUAAAAGGUCGUUUUUAAUAUCGCUAGACAUUGCGAAAGCCUGACAAAGGCAGGAGAGUAUAGGAAGAUUGACAAGUUUUCUAAAUGAAAUCAUUGCUUUACAGAGAUAACAUCGCACGCGUGAAAAUUUCGCAACGAGUUGUACUGGGAAAAAUGUUUUUCCCAAUCAGUUGAAAGGAACCCAAACAAAAAUGCCGCCUACGAAAUAAAAAAAAUUUUCUCUUUCCUUUAUCAUCGCUACAGGUGUUUAAAAAAACAUUUUUUGCAACAACCAUAAGCUGUCAGUUUUGCGAUGUUUAGUUUCGCUUACAAUUAUCGCUUUUGUUUACAAAACCGCGAUUCAACUCGCAGCACGGUUCACAUGUUACGGUUAUCGCAUAAUGUUCUGUGUUGAAUUUGCACCAAUUUAGCUUUCCCUCUUCAUGUUAUUAGAUUGUUUCAGUAUUGAUUCAAAAAUAUUUAUAAUAUGUUGUUCAGUUAAAAAACCACCGAACUUGGCUAGACAAGCAUUCCUAAGAUAUCGAAGAAAUCGUCACUGUCGACAACCAAGGCGCUUCGAUUGCGUGCCAUCUGUCACGUGUCAAAAGUUAAAAUGUCACGUGCAAGGCAACAGACUGAAGGCUAUUAGGCGAACGAAUGCAAGUCAAGUUUCAUUGAUGUUCAUUUUUAAAACGCUUAGCUCUGAGACUUUUUUAAGUUUUCAAUUUAGCAUGUUUUUCAACGGAAAAGUAAAAAAAUAAUGGAAUUCAAAUCAGCUAGAAUAAAUGUUCUUCAUAUUUCAGUAGAAGUGAUUACCAUUUCUGUUUCAAUACGCCACAACACGAACCUAUUCUUCAUGGUCGCCAGCUUGGCAACUAUUCUCCAAAUCAAGUCGCCAGUUCCAAAAUUUUAGGCGCCAUGGCGACUAAAAUGGUCGCAACUUGGAGGGUUGAGUACAUACGUACGCUAAUCCGGAAAUUGAUUGCAUGAUUUAUUGAGUGUCAGUCGUAUGUUGUUGUUGUUGUUUCCUAUUUUGUUACGUUUAAGAGCUUUAAAAUAUAAGUGGACACUUCUCAUACAUCUUUCUUAUGUGUGCGUUUCAGGAGAAAAAAGUCGUAAAAGUAAGCGGAAGCCAAGAAUCCCAGCCUCAGUUUCAGCGACAUACAGUAGUACCGUAGCGGAAGAGUUAGUGGCGCUAAUACGCAAGCUCCAUACUUUAGAGGCCUGGAACCCAUUAGUGAACGAGUUUAUCGGUGCUCAGCUGAAAAGUGUCGUUACUAUGGUAACAUCAGACGAGUCAGUUCGAGAAGAACAAAUCACACAGGUUUGCGUUUCUUGCCUUUUGUUAUGUUUUUUGUACUGAAAUUGCACGUUUCCUGUAAUUCAUCAUGUCAAGUGCAUCUUGUCCACAACUUGGCGUCUCCAUGAAAAACUGUAAACUUAGGUUAAGCAUUUUUUCGAUAAUUUUGCGCGCAAUUUGGCCAUGUUCGCGUUCGAAAAAAGUCUCUAUAAUUAGAUAUCGAACUAGUAAUUUACUGCAAUUUUUGGCUAGAAUCUUUUUGGGUUUAGUAGCACUAUAAUCUUAGCGAGACUGUUUGCUUUAAGUCAAAGUGCUCACUCUUGUCAACGGAAAGCUUUGGUUACUGCCGCCUUAACGACAGCCCAAUUUAACUUUGCGGAUCGUGUGUUUUUUAUACUUUUGCUUUCCAGGGUUGUCCGCCAGUGAAAGCCUUGACUUUAUUUCUCUUUAUUUAUCUCUCUGGUUGCUGACUUUAUAUGUUUGGUUGUUGGGAUUUAUAUUUUGUAACAUGACACUAAAAACCAGCACUAAGGAAUUAAGGAAUCCUGUGUUGUUUUGUCUUCAAUGCAGGAUUCUGAAAAGGCAACAGAGGAGCCAGUGAACCAGGGUCCAGUGAUGGCCGUGUUAGCGGUUAUCGGUGGUGUGGACAGCAGGCCUAGGCUUGGGGGACUGGUGCAGCAUAAGGAGUGGGGAUCUGGGACAGUUUGUAGAAUCGCUCCCAAUGGAAAAGUUACUGUGCAGUGUGAAGGUCAACAGAAGGCUAAGAUAUGCUCGAUAUCACAGGUUAAACCGGUAAGGAAAUAACUGAGCGCCAAAUGUUGUGGUUCGUUGCCAAGAGUUCACCACGAACGUUUGACACACAACUAAUUUUCUGUAUUUAAUUCAAGCGCUACUUAAACAUAGAACCUUACAUCUCAAAUUACAGAAAUAAUGUAGAUUUGAUACAUCAAACCAUUAAAUUUAGAGGGAUUGCGUGGUGCUGCUUUCUGUCAGCAAGUAAGCUUAAGGUGCUUCCUGAAUACGAUGGAAUCCAAGAAUAAAGUUAUCUUAAGUGAACUUGAAACAGAAACACUCAACACCGCCUUCAAAGGAUAUAACUUAAAAGAAACAUUUUGGUCGACAUUUGGCGUCACCUGUGGGGCAGAAACGAACAACACAGGACAACCAGCUGUUAAAAAUUUUUCUAGUGUGAGAAAACCGCGGACAUUUCUUGACGCAACCACUGCGAGUCUGGUUUACCCGUGAAAUGACUUCUUAUAGGAACAAGCGCAGAAAUUUCAUUCUUAUGAUGCGUCACUACCUAGUUCUUAGUAGUGCUUCCUAUUGGAUGAUUAUGAAGGAAAUUUUCAACCAAUCAGAAGCACUACCCAAACUGUGUAGCAACGCGUCAUUAGAAUUUCUGCGCUUGUUCCUCAGACGUCACUGUAUUUUGCAGGGAAACCAUUGGUGACGUCGCGAAAUGUCGGCUGUUUUCUCAGGUUAAAUUUUUGAAAAGAAUAUUAAGAAUGAUCAAUAGAGAAUUGCCUGAAGCGUGACUUUAGUUCUUAGUUGAAUACUAGCAUUUCAUUGGUGCCCCCCAUUUCAUUGGUGUUAAAAAGGUUAAUUUGCGUAUUGUUCAUUUAAGGUUUGCGAUAUUUUGCAAAACAUUUUCUUGUUAGGUCCCGGUUAUCCCGUUUUCAGCGGAUAAUCUUCCAAUGUCGGAUGCGUCAUUGGGGAUCUGGGCUUCACUUGUGAGACUGGCUGGGACAGGGAAGAAAACUGUGGAAAGAGAUCAAGAGGACUUCCAGCUGCCAGCAGUGCCAGGAGAGGAUGGAGUGGAGGGAUCUGCGAGGUGUCCCCCUGUUAGACCACUCAUCCCCCCUAAAAUGGGUGGUAAGUAUACGAUGAUAGGGAAAACUGCCUUUCUCUGAGUGUCGCUUUUAAAGCACGCUGAACAACAACCGAAGAUUGAGUUAACAGUGCUCUCUUGUUGUACUCGAAGUCACGGAUGGACAAGUUCAAAGAAGAUUGAAAUGGAUCAAUAAUAUAGUUUUUUAAAAAACUUGUUAGCCUAACAGUUUUCAAAUUCCACUUUUGGUGUUUGCAACGUUGGAUAUAAUGCGGCCCUUUGCCGUUACUGCGAGAGUGGCCGCUUAAUGAAGGUUCAACUUUAUUUCAUUUUGUUUCUGUUUAGGCGAAGAUGUGGACACGGCAUUGCUUAGACAGCAGCAGAUUACCCUUGGUCUUCUGAAGGCUGCUCGUGUGCUCUGUAGUAGGCAGGACAACUUGAGACAAAUCCUUAAUCAUCAGGCUGAGAGCUCAGAUGGUGGCAGCAGCACAUUCUCCUUGCAGCAACUUAUGUGUUCUGCUAUCAAACCUUCACCUAUCAAGGCCCUCUUCGAUAGGGAAGAGUUAGAGGUACAUUUCAGCCUUAAGCAUUUACAGUCGACUCUCUCUCUCUUAGAGGACCCCUCUGUAAAACGGACACCUAGAGUUGGUCCCUUUCUUUUCUUUCUUUAUUUGACUCUCUAUAAGAUGGACACUAAGUGUCGUUCCCAAAGGUGUCCGUCUUAGAGAGAGUUGACUGUAUCCUUUAAACACCAAGGAUCGGUUAUUUGAAUGAAGUGUAACUUUUGCCGCGGUUAAGAAAUCUUUGGACCUCCAAAUCUCUUCCUUAGUAAGUUAUUUUAAGAAGAUCAGUGCCUUUCUACUCUUCGCUAUAUGCUUUCAUGAAAGUGUUCACGAUAUGAACGGUGAUCACAUAAAAGUGUUGGACAAAUUGAAAAUGUAUAAGAACGCGAUUUUGUUUAACACUGGCUAAAUUCCGUAUAAAACCGGCCCCAAGUGUUGCAGAAUUAUCUCAAUUGUCCAUUCUGUAAAAUGCUGGGGAAAAAAAAAUUCCACAAGAAAAGAAAACUCAAGAUGUCACAUUUGAAUGGCCACCUCGUAGGAUUUCGUCCAGACUAAUAGCGUACAGCUGCAUUACGUAUCUCCUUAAUUUACUGAGGGAGCUAAAAGUCCAUUUACACGAUGACGUCAUUCUGUUAUCACUUCCAGAUCCCUUUCUUGUGCAAAUUAUAUCUUUCUUAUUUAAACCUCGCUGGGAUUACUGAAUUAAAAGAUGAAAGGAGAGACGAAACGGAUUUGGUUAGAAGGCAGUAACAUGUAGGCAUGGUAGAAGUUGUUUUUUGGAACAUAGUGGUUUCCUAGGCCACUUUAAGUUUCUAGUUUGUUAUGUUUGGCUUGCCACCUUGAUAAGUAUCAUAGUACUCUUGCUUUGAUAGUCACUAAAGUAUCCGUCUCUUGUGUUACUCAAUCUGUUUGAUUUUACCUAUGAAUUAGGCCGCAGCCCUUGCUGCUUGUCAAUUCCUUGCCAACGAGGCAAGCCGCCCAGCCGAGCCUCCAACACCAGUUGUGUCAGAGACUGGACCCGAGCAAGAGAGGCCUCCACCCCAGUCCUCCACCUCCAGGAAAACUUCCAAAUCAAAGCAUUUGCAGAAAAAGAAGGCCAGAACAAGGAAACCCACUCCACCCCCUCCCCCACCGUUGGUGCAACAACUGGUAGAAAUGGGAUUCGCUAGAAGCCGUGCGGAGUAUGCACUGAAAGAACUGGCGGAUGAGGAGGAGCCCAGGGCCGAGUUAGUUGUAGCUUGGCUUAUUGACCAUCCUGAUAUUGAGGUGAAUGAUUUGGUCAUAAAUAAUAAUCAAGGCGAUAAUGGUAACUUUUUUAUAGGAAAAGGAAUUUAAUUAAACUGUUGAAACAUUCUUGGCUUAGGCUAGGCUAGGCGAGGACCCGUCUGUUGUUUUUUUUUUAACCCUGAAGCAAUAGACCCUGCCAUGGUUUUUUCAACUUUUGAUAUGGACCCAAUAGGGAAAAUCCGUCAACACCACUGGAAAGAGCGCCUUAAAGUAAGUAAAAUUGGCAAGGUUGAAAGUGACACGUCUCAAGCGUCCGAAGAUAGAGCUCCGCAUUGCGAAAAUUUGCAGAUGUUUGUAUGGUGGGGGGCAAAUUUUUGCUCCCCACCAUACAAACGCCCUUGAAAUCUUACGACUUUGAGGAACUACAUCUUCGUUAUUUUUCAACAAAUCACUUUCUAAUUUGGCAGUUUUACUAAUUUAAAGGCGCUUUUUCCAGCGGAGUUGACAGAUUUUCCCUAACUUGUCCUCGUCAAAAGUUAAAAAAAAAACGUGUAAAGGUCUACUCAUCUAGUGAUCAGAGCUAGAUCGAGACGAGAAGAGCUAGAACGCCCGCAGUCUCCUAAAGUCAACCUGUAACCUGAUGAGUGGCGUACUUCAAUAUUAAAUAUGGCACGCUACAGUAACACCAAGUAAUAAACACAAAGUUGAACCCUGUGUCAGGUGACAAGGUCGUUUGACGAUAUUUCCUUAAAUUUCUGAAUCCUGUUUUAGGGAAGCAAAACUGAUCUUGGCUAUAAUAGCGAGUCAGUGACUGAAAGCGGUGGAUAUUUACUAUUUUUUGUUAUUAUUGCACUUCGAUUGACAGGUUCCUGAGCGCCCAGACCGACAAGAAGCGCCACCAGAGUUAUCAUCCAGCGGUGACUCCUCAGACGGUGAUGAUGAUGAUGAUGAUGACAGCGAUGCAUUGUCCACCAGCGACACAGAUAGUAGCUCAAGUGAAGGCGAGACGUUUGCUCUGCCUACUGAGUUCAAGCGGCGCAGUGAUCUGUCAAGUAACGAUGAAUACGCGCGGUAUGUUCGAGACAACAUACAGGUGGGCAUGAUGGUGCGCUGCUGUAGAACUUACGAGGAGGUGCACGAGGGAGACGUAGGGCGGGUUAUCAAGGUACGUGCUUCUGUUCUUCUCGAAAGCAUGCUCAUGGUGUUGGUAUCGCUAGAUUUAUACCAUUACAUUUUAGGACUUAAACCUGACGGAUUUCCCUAUGAUAAUCUGGAUCGCCUUCAUCCCCUUGGUCUUUUGGACGAUUAUGACUGGAUAAUUUUAUGAAAACCAGCCCAUGUCUGAUGUCUCCACAUCAAUUAAAUCCCAUAAAUAAUAGUCCAGUAAAUAAUGGUCAAGUAAUGGUACUUUUUUAACAGUAACGUUAGGCAUUGAAACUUCAGUUUCCUGUAAUCCACUAAGUCCUGCCCCCUUCCUCACCCGACUCACCAUGCGGCAGAAUAGUAUCUGCCAGCAGUCUCCAUAUCUGACUCGUUGAGUGAAAUGGUUUAGUCUUUGUGUCGUUUAUUUCAGCUCGACCGUGAUGGUCUUCAUGAUCUAAACGUACAAGGUGAUUGGCAGAAAAAGAACGGAACUUACUGGGUGAGAUACGUGCAUGUGGAACUGUUAGGACACGACUCCUAUGGUAAGACUCUCUGUGUUUUAAAAGAUUGUGAGACUUUGAUAUACCAGGAUGCAGGAUUGCAGUUUCGUUGUGAGAUUCAGAUAAUUAUAAAAUCUCACGAUUUUGCUCUUUUGCAGCCCGGCGUGAGCUGAUCAAAGUUGGUGACCGUGUACGGGUCAAAGCCUCCGUGACCACGCCCAAAUACAAGUGGGGAUCUGUGAACCAUGGCAGCGUGGGGACUGUGGUGUCUAUCAGUCCAAACGGUAAAGAUGUCAAGGUAGACUUCCCACAGCAAACCAACUGGACUGGGCUAAUCGCUGAGAUGGAAGUCGUACCUGCAACACAUCCUCGCAUAAGGUGGGUGGUUUGAAACAGACGAUGUCCGGGUGUUGAUGAGAACACAUAAAAAAUCUGGCUUCUCUUUUCAGAAUAUUUGGCUAAUAACCUCAACGGUACAGCUAACUAACAUAGCAAAACAGAAUGGUUAUUAGAGGUCGCCGGCGUAAAUCACGGUUCUUUUUAAAAUGAGCACUAUUCCCUCGACUCUCAUUUCAAGGUCUGAUUAAGCCCCUCCCCCCUCCCCCCACUUUAUCACAAGUUCUGAAUGAACCCCCCUCUUUCAGCACAAUUUAUGAAUAAACGCCCCCUGCCUCCUAUCGUGUACCUUCCCCCUCCCCCUUAACACACAGUCUGGAUUAGCGAUCCUUUCGUUACCUAUAACAAUGAUGCUCGAUGGGAAACCGCUCUCUCGUCUUUGAACUGUUUGUCUUAGGUGUGAUGGCUGUCAUAUGGAGCCGAUCGAAGGUCCUCGCUACAAGUGCAAGUCAUGUCCAGAUUUCAACUACUGUGACACUUGCUUCAGACUGCGCCGUAACCAUCGCCAUUCCUUCCACCGCUUUGAGGAGCCAAGCAGCAUCCCGGUCAACGCUGGAAAAGCGGGCCGGGGAAAGAAAAAGAUAGUUUCCGGGGGAUUUAGUGGCCCGGAGCAUAUCGUCAAAGAAUGGGACCGGCUGGUAAAGAACCUUACGGUGUCCUCGCGUGAAAGCCAAGCGGGCAGAUUGAUUGAUGGUACGGAGUCGUAUUGGCAGUCUGCAGGAUCCCAGGGAAAGGUAAAAGCGGAAAAACGUAUAGGGCAAACUCUAGCCUGAGGGAAGAGCCAACGUGUCGUGAAGACACCAACCUAUCAGAAGCACUACCCCAGAUCUGGGUAGCGACACGCUAUCAGACGUCAUUUCGCGAGGAAGGAAACCCGUUGGCGGGGUCGUGAAAUGUCAGCAAUUUCCUCAGGCUAGGCAGACUCUAGUUUUUUCGUUUUCCGUUUAUCUUUUCUUUUCUUCUCCUUCUUCCUCAUCUUUUUCAUUUUAAUUCGGCAUCGGAUUUUAUGCAUAGGUUAGUGUCAAAUUACAGCUAUAAUACAGGACAAUCUGCACCUGUCUGCUCCAAAAGUCAUCGUGCCGAUAGCCGGCUCGCUUGUGCGAGUUCGGGGGAAAUUUUGGUGGCGACGGCGGAACGCCAUCCCGCGAGGAAUGUUCUCGUGCGAUGGCGGCUCCGUCGCCAAAAUCUUCCCCGAACUCGCACAAGUGUGUUGUUCCGAAUUUUGGCAGAGACGCAGACGUACCCUAUUCCUUGAUUUAUCAGUGGCAGUCCACACCUGAGAGAUGGGGAAAGUCUGCUAAGGUCAUCAAUAGAAGGGAUAGCCUCCUACACAGACUUUCUCAGGGUUUCGUCACGCGUUCCUUCCCCACAAAGGAUUGCGUGACAAGCCAAAAGAACGUCUUGGGCGGAAGCUAUGUAAGGAAAGGCUUGUUACCUCUUGUUUUCACUUGCGAAGUUUAUUAUUUAUUGUGUUUUCUCUUAAACAGCACUGGAUACGCAUGGAGCUGUAUCCCGAUCUUUUAAUCCAACGGUUGACCAUGAAAGUGGAUCCUUCAGACAGUAGCUACAUGCCGUCUGUGGUGGUCAUUUCAGCUGGGGACAGCAUUCAGAUGCUGAAGGAAAUUAAAACUGUUCAUAUCAGUGCCACGGAUUCCAUUGUCACCCUACUCGAAGACGCCCCAGAGGCGAGUGGCGUUUUUGUGUUUCUCAUUUAAAUACUGAAAAUAGGUUCUACCCUUUCCUCCCAAAGUCGUCUGUGAUUUGUAGAAAAACUGUCCUGAAAAAGAGGGUCUGCCUCCCAGCUGAGUGAACAUAAGCAAACAUUUAUGAGAGAACAAAUUUGACCCCUUCGCCCGAGGCAGCAGCGCUCGCGCGUGCUCUGAUUGUCUCGCCUUGACCGAGUUAGCCCGACUGGGCGAGUCAAAGUGUUUAUAAGGAGAAAAGUUGGGCCAUCUUGAAGGGUGACCUUAUCGUCGAAAAAGGAUGACCCGUCUUCUAGCCGAGCCCACGUUUUGUUCCCACGUAAAAGUUUGCCACGCUUUGUAAGGAAAUGAAGGAAAAGUUGGCUCGCCUAAGGUAGCUUGGGUAGGCGAGUGACUCUUCUAACGAGGAGUUCCAUAUACAGUAAACGGGGCCUGACUCGCUAACUUUGUUACAUUGCAGGAAUACCGCUUCUUAGAGAUCGGCAUCCGGCAGUGUAAGAGUAGUGGUAUCGAUUGCAAGAUUCAUGGAAUCAGUCUGACGGCUCGUGCUAAAGCGGAUGAAGAUGAUAUGGCCGCCAGCUUUUCCUUCCUAGCGUUAGACGAAGAGGAUGAAGCAGCCAGACGGAGAAGAGCGCUGAGGAGAAAGCCUGCAACCACCGUGGAACCAACACCGGAAGGGCAAGUCAAGGUGUUUGUGUGGGGUCUUAAUGAUAAGGAUCAGUUGGGAGGUCUGAAAGGAUCCAAGGUAGGUCGACGUGACGUUACUGGCCUAAUAUGCAAUGGAGGUCAAAAGUGUUGGGACCUUCCCAGUGAUAUUAUUUAAACUAAAGACCUCCCACUCUUAUAACAAACAGUGUUUAAUCUUGAACAAACUGGUUAGAAAUGAUUCCAUUUUGGGGCACAACAUUCCUGUAGUGGUAAGAGUGGAUGAAGAGAUGAAGCAAAGCCGAUCAAAAAAUUUGUCUUUGGAGCAGACAGAGGGCUUUGUAAGAAGCCCUUGGAAGGGUUUUUCCACAGUGUCCCAAGUUUUUUUGACCUCUGUUGUAGGUUGCGGCUGGAGUAGUAAAGGGCCUGCGUAUGUAAACUUGGGGGAUUGAAAUGGUACAUGGGAAGUGUAAGUUAAUAUGGGACACUGCUUAAGUUAACAGAGGACACUGCCGGGAAAAUGAAAAACAUACCUGUUUUAAAUAGGAGAUGAAGUGAGUAGUUUUUAUGAAGGACAUUACGGGAUUUGUACUUUAAUGGGACAGCUUAAACUGGCGAGGAGAUGAAGAAAAAAUGGAGAUGGAUAUUGUAUAGUGAACGAAUAAACUAUGUGAAUGACUAGGACAGGCUUAACUAGAAGGAUGUGACUGGCUUAUUUCUGACAGCAACUAAAACCAGAUAGGACGUCUUCUUUCCAUCUUGAUAGAACUCGAGAAGAACUAUCAGCUUCCCAAACACUGAAAAACUUACAAAUGUUUGAUAAAUGACUUUAUCUCUUUUUAACCUUUUUAUUUAGAUCAAGAUGCCAUCAGUGUCCGACGUUUUAUCGAGUCUUAAAGUCAAGCAAGUCAGUGGGGGCUCAAAAAGUUUGUUCGCUGUAACCUUGGAAGGCAAAGUGUUCGCUUGUGGAGAGUCCACUAACGGCCGUUUAGGCCUGGGACCCAUAUCCGGUAACGUGCUUGUGCCCCGACAGAUUGACACUUUAAGUCCGUUCGUGGUAAAGAAGGUUGCAGUGCAUUCUGGGGGACGACAUGCCAUGGCCAUCACGAUCGAAGGAAAACUGUUCUCUUGGGGAGAAGGAGAAGAUGGAAAACUUGGACAUGGCAAUAAAAUGUAAGAAACGACGUUAGUAUAUAGUAUACGAGAAAGGUUAAACACUUAGCGUACUGUUUGUCAUUUUUUUCAAUUGACAGGUUAUUUUUGUUGCUGUUAGGAAUCAGUGCAUUGAGUUUUUUCUUUUGCUAACCCUCUCGUAAACUGCAAUGAUUGCUCCACUGAUUAACUGAUUGAUUGAUUGAUUGAUUGAUUGAUUGACUGAUUGGUUGAUUGGUUAGUUGGUUGGUUGACUGAGUGAUUGAUCGAUUAAUGUUUACGUGCUUUCGUUCAUUUAUUUAUUUUUUUGAUUAGUGACCACGGGGUUAACGUACUCUUUAACACGGCCCGGACAACUAGCACAUAAGUUGUUGGAUACAGUAGUUUUUUUAAGUCUUCAGCUUCUCACGAAAGGCACGCCUUGAUCUCACCCUGUUUCUUAAUUCUUAUUUAGUUACUGCUUCGUUACCACUCUUUCUAGUUUCAAAGAAGAUUUCUUUUUAUUUUGCACCCCAGAAAUUACGACCGACCUCAGCUUGUUGAGGCGCUUAAAAGCAAGUUUGUUCAAGAGAUUUCUUGCGGCAGUUCACACAGUGCAGCUGUCAUGUCUACGGGUGAACUCUUUACCUGGGGCCUUGGUGAAUAUGGCCGUCUGGGGCAUGGAGACAACCAAACACAAUUAAGGCCCAAACAGGUAAGGUGUGCCGCAAAUGGGAACGGCAGCACCCUUCUUUUGUAUACAGAGCCGUUCGGCUUACUCCCUCAAACUAUUACGAAGUACAACUGUAAAGACUGUAGCUUAUUUGAAGGCUACCUUUUAGAGUCGUGCUGUGAAGAUAUGCCUAAAUUUAGAUUCUUACUUUGAUUUGCCUUUUUGCGUCGAUUACGUUGAUUGUAACUGUUACUAAAUAACCAUUUUUUCUUAAUGGAGAGAAUAAUAAAGCCAUCGUCACUAUAUAACGGUGAAGAUCUCUUUUUAGUGGUCCAUAACUCUGUCUUGCUGUGAAUAGCUGUAUAUUACUUCGAAGAAGCGAGGUGUAGCAUAGUAUUACGGUUUAUACCUUAGUAAUUUCAGGAUUUUCCACAGGCGAUACAUUUCUGAUAUUACUCAAUUUACACUUUACUGGGUUAUUUUCAGGUUCGCUCUCUGUCAAAUCAGCAUGCAAUAGACGUUGCCUGUGGAAGCCGUGACGCCCAGACCCUCGCGCUCACCAGCGACGGUUGCGUUUGGUCGUGGGGAGAUGGAGACUUUGGAAAGCUGGGGCGAGGUGGAAGUGAGGGCUGCAGUGUACCCCAUGUAGUAGAGAAACUCAAAGGACAGGGUGUUUGUAAGGUUCUGUGUGGUGCCCAAUUCUCUCUCGCGCUCACAAACUCCGGACAAGUAUGGACCUGGUAUGGAAAGGAAAUGAGUUGUAAAUUUUAGUGCAAAUUUUCGUGCUUUGCGUUUUAUACUCUGAAUUUGCGUCGGGUAUAAUAUAUCCAUCCGGUACUGUACUCUAAAGUCAAUGACGCAUGUUUUUUUCCAUCAACAAGUGCUAAAGUAGAGGGCCCCUGCCUUUUUAAUGUCGAACAGUGAUAAUGAAUCUUUAGAUUGACCAGGCUCUGUUCUGACUAAAUAGUGAGAUUUGUUGUACGACGAGAUUCAAAGCUUUAGGUGAUAAAUUUCCUUCUACCUACUCAACAAACUACAAGAAGGAUAUUGAACUUUAUAUCAUGUACUAAAUUAUUCAUCAUUUCCUCUGGCUAACAUACCUAGUAAAACGAAGUUUUUUUUUGUUUGUUUUGUUUUUUUCUCCAACUCGGCAUAUUUACUUUAUUGCGGCUAGCUAGCAGCAGUUCGUCUUGAACUCUUAGAUGGUAACCAUCAUGACCGAAGAGAGCUAUGCAAUAUCAGACACACUUAGUACCCGUGUUACAUUUUUGUAGGGGUAAGGGCGAUUACUUCCGCCUUGGCCACGGCAACGACUCCCAUGUCCGUAAGCCUCAAGUGGUGGAAGGUCUUAAAGACAAGAAAGUUGUGGACGUUGCUGUGGGAGCUUUACACUGUCUGGCUGUUACAGAACAAGGACAAGUGAGUGAAAUCUAUGAUUUAUUCCUAAUCCGUAGAUACCACCUUCCCUAGUGAAACUUGCUUGGCGGCGGUGCAUUGACAGGCAAGAAUAAAAAUUAGCAUUACGAGAGAGUACUGAUUGGCAGCUUUGAUAGACUCGUAAAAUAAAAGUACAUGCACUUUGAGCUGAAACGUGAGCAGCAUUAUUUGGAAGCUUAGCUCAAUAGCAGGUCACACUGUAGGGUCUCAGUAUCAGAUUUUAAGGUUGAAGCCACACGGUAGAAGAUGACUAACCUCUUGUUAUAACAAUACUACUCAAAAGAACGUCAUAAAUAAUAGUAUUAGCCGUUGUCAACAUACUGAACGAGAUAGAGGGAACUGACUUGUUUUGGUCCUGAUUUUUUUGACGGACACCAGGCGACAAACUCAAAACUCAUACAAAACGUUUUCGUAGAAAAGUCGAAAAUGACCGACAGUAGUUUAGUCAUCGAAAUGUCAUCAUCGAUAGCAUGCUCUAUUAGUUACAUAUUAAAAUGUCUUUUUUUUCUGUUUUGACGCAAGGUUUUUGCAUGGGGUGACAAUGACCACGGUCAACAAGGGAAUGGUACGACAACGGUAAAUCGCCGCCCACAGCUGGUCUUAGGACUAGAAGAUUUUAGAAUCAAUCGAGUUGCGUGUGGCUCCUCUCAUAGUAUGGCCUGGGCCGAGUCUGACUUCCCGGCGCCCGCAACGCACGAGCCUGUCAUGUUUCCUACUUCCCGAGAUCCACUGGGGGCGUCUUGCCUCAGCCCAGACUCCCAAGAGCAGAGUGCUGCAGCCGAAGCAGAAAGCAACGAGUAUGGGGAACACAGACACAGACCUUCUUUGGCAAAAAUCGUGCUUUCGCUUAAUUCUAAUUACGAACGCCAGCAGGCGCUUGGCCACAUUUUGACUGCCCUGCAAAUUAUUUACUCGCGUGAUGCUGUAGUUCGAUCGCUUAUGGAUCCGCAUUCCUUCAUUCGAGGCGACUCCAAACCUUCAGAUACAGAUGAUGACGCCGUGUCCUUGGGUUCUGGUUCGGAAGCCUCCCUCGAUGACGCUACCUUAACAGCAGUGGCGAGUUGUUCUCGGAAGUCGUUUAUCGAUGGAGUGGACGAGUUCACCAUCAGCCUUGGUCAAGAUGACUCGCGACUUCUGGUGGAGCUGUUGAAGCUUGCUGUAGCUGAUAGAGCUGGUGAAAACGGUAGAGAGGUGUUGUCUGAAGUCCUAAGGGCUUUGGCACAAACAAAACCAGAAGUGAGUCAUUCAUUGAUAACGUAAUUUAACCGCGAAAUCUGACCCCUGUUAUAGAACCCUUAAGGGCCCUCAGAGCUGAAAACAGGCAAGCAAAAACAAAAAACAGAUUUACUGACUCUUUUCGUACAUAGCUGAUUCAAUAAAGGUUGCUUUGGGUACUGGGAAUUAACAAUAGUUGGCCAUUGGCCAUUUGGGCAUACGGAACUCACUGCCGUUAUUUGCUUCAGUGAACACCAAUCAAUAUGUGCCCACUGCGCAAUAGGCCAUUUUACAGUUGUGGGCUUGGUGUCCUAGCCUUUUAGUGAACGUGAGGCUGAGGGUGACCUUGUUUUGAUACAGACCUCCUUCCUUUUCUAAUGUAAAUUUUGCUUAAAAAAUACUAUUUAGAAUAACAAAAACAUGAUUUACAUAAUAAAGCAAGCAGGGUUGUAUCAAAACAAGGUCAACUCCAGCCUCAUUUCCAACUGUAACUGAAAAUGGGCUAUUCCCAAUGUCCGAAGCAACCUUUCUUGAAUUAGCUUUAUGUUCGCAUUCCCCGCCAUUCUAAGUGUCCGCUACAGUAUUGCUUCAGGAAAUUGUGAUGAAAACUACUACUUUGACUUGCAGAUAGCUUCGAUGCUUCUUGAGCUGUGCAUCACAGAGCUAGAGGACGUGGCCACAGAUAACAGCAGCAUACACAGUAACUUCCAACCCGUGGUACAGGAGAGUAGCCAUCCGUACACAGACGAUACUAACACCACUGGAGUGGUCAAGAUACCAGGGGCGGAGGGACUCAGAGUCGAAUUUGACAAACAAAGUUCAACUGAGAGAAGGUAACUUCCAAGCUACCUUCAUUUCCUCAGCUGUGUUGUAAAUAUUUAAAAAUUAUUGAAUGAGGCUGAGUAAGAAUCGAGAAGAUCGAUGCAGAAAGAGAAGGGUACAUAAAAGCCUCCGAGAUCUGCACAACUCUUCAUAUCAUAUAAAGGCCGAUCAAUGUUACUGUUAUUAUUUUAUUGUUAUUGUUAUUUUUAUUUUUUUUUUAUCAUUCAUUCAAAAUAUUUCUAAGUUCUUAACAUCCUUACCUCCUUCUAGACUCGUAUUCUUGUAUUAGUUUAGUUCAGUUUUAGUUUGUAGUUCUGCUAUUUCGUCUUCGGACGGCCGUGGUGCCUUCCGCCAUUUUCUUGAUUUCUGAGCUCAUCAAAACAGCUAGGUUACCGCGCCGCUUCCCGGAAGCAAACUUGCGAUCGUAUAUUUUUGGCAAUAUACCGUCGUGUCGAUAGUAUAUUUCCGCAUCUUUCAACUUUGGUCAGCGCCAGCUGGUCAUGAAGAAUCCCCUGGGGUAUUAUAGCCAAUCAGAAAUGGCAAAAUAAUUUGAAUGAGAUGGAACCAGUUUUACCACUGAAAGGAUGUUUGACACCAUAUAGAACAAGUCGAGCCUAGCCACAACGUUCAUGCCAUCUUAGGGGGUCCCAUCCCUGAAGUCCUUUACCUUCUAGCGCAUAUCCUGUCUUUUUGACAGAUUCCAUUUAAUGGUGCGACUGUUCGAUUAUAGAUCACAAGUGUCCUCAAAAUGUUAAGAACCUUCGGAUUUCUGAUCGACUCGACGGAAAUACCGCAAAGACAAACAUGAACAGAAAAUACGCCUUGUGCACUUGUUAAACCUUUUCCAAGGCGUUUAAUUUUACGCCCCGUCCGGAAUAAUCUCGUAUCAUGUGAGAACAGUUAAAAGACCGUUCACAAAACAAAAAAAAAAACGAUUCUUCUGUCACAUGGUCAUGACCAAUCAUCGCCUAGGUAGUAUUCGGUUCAUAGGAUUACCACUAAUAACGAAAUGUUUCUUUCAGGCAUGAUCCGCUAACCAUUAUGGACAGCACUGGACGUGUUGUCUCUGUUCGUUCUGGCCGUGAGUGGUCUGAUUGGUCGAGUGAACUGCGCAUGAGUGGAGACGAACUCCGCUGGAAGUUUGUCAGUGACAGCUCAGUAAAUGGUUGGGGCUGGCGUUUCACAGUGUAUCCAAUCCCCCCAGCUGCCGCUCCUUGUGACGUAUUAUCGGACAGAGCCUUGCAGUCGAGGCCUUCUAUUGACUUGGCUCGCUGUCUUCUGGGUAAGAACGUUUUUUUUUUGUAGUAGACUCUCUCUCAAUUCUAGCAACUCAGUCUUAUAAUGCAGGCUUGCUCGAGGUCGGUAAAUUAAGCUCUAAGUCAACUUAUGAUCUGAUAUUAUUAGAAAAUUAGCAUCGCUCCUUUUUUUAAACGUGUGUCUUUUAUUGACUGCCAUAAAAUUCGUACUGGUUAUUUCACGUGGCAGGAUUACCUUAGUCGGCAGAGUGCUUGAAUGCAGAGCGGGAGGUCGCGGGUUCAAUUCCCGGGGCCGGACCAAUACUCAGGGUCUUAAAGUAACUGAGAAAUAAAGGUACUGUCUUGCCCUGCAAGCGGCUAGAGCUUCGCGUGGCUCGGAUAAUCACGUGAAAUGGCGGUCUCGUCUCCAGUUGGAGAUGUAAAAUAUAGUGUCCCCAAUUAGUACUUCCGUCCUAAAUACAUUGACACUCAAAUAAAGGGCAUUUUUAUUAUUUAUUUUUAUACUUGACUCUCUGAAGAUUAAAUAAAUUGACUCUGUGGAGUAUCAAUUACAGAGUUACAACGGUUAUUAUUGCAUGUGUUAUGAAGUAGUCUUGUGGUUAUUUUUGAUAUUAUUAUCAUAAGGAUUUUUGAUGACAGUUCUGUUUGUUCUUUGUUCUUCUCGUGAUUUAAGUUUCGUUAUGUUUGGGUUUGAGAAUCAAGGUUAACCAAUAUAUGCGUUAACAGGUUUUUGAGUGUUAUUACUUUUUUAAUGGGUUUGUCGACAGAAGUGUCAUCAAGCUUGGGGUUUAAUUAAGUUUGAUUGUCAGUUUUCAAGUGGGUACGUUUUGGGACUAUUGCUGACCUUGAUUAUUACCUACAUCAGAGUUCCUGUUUUGGUUUAAGGUUUAGCCUCGUGGAUUUAGCUGUCGAGCUUUCAUUGGUUCUCUUGUAGGAUUGUUUAUUCCACUUUUGUUAACAACGGGAAAUUCGUUAGAAGUCAUUCGGAAUAGCUUUCGUAACUCUCAUGAUCAGCAAGCCUAAACGUACCUGCGUUAUGCUUAUAUAAGUUGUAUAGUUGGAUGGUUAGUAGAGAGUGAUUAGCUGUUGUAAGAAACUGAGCUGUAGACGUUUGUGUUGCCGCCAGUAAUUAAAGGAAGAAAGUAUCAAAGCUUUGUCAGAGUCCUGGAGUACUCUCGCUAGAGGAGCUGUCCCCGUCGAAGAAACCCCUAACACAUGGCUGCUUCCGCGAGUGGGAAAGAUGAGUCCUGUUUUCUGAUUGGCUACUGCACCCAAGUAAACUAGAUGGGCCGCCCUUGCCCGUUCUGGACUUCCCGCUAUUCUCUCGUUCGCUUGAUAAAUCUUUCAUUGUCCAAGCUGGUUCUGUUUAGAUGAUUUGAUACUGGCGUCGUUCUUUUUUCGUGUCGUUGCAAAAUCCAUCGCUGCUUAAUCUCUGUAGUAGAAUAUUCUGCCUAACUCAUACGUUAAGGACAUUUUUGUAGAGACACUUUAUUGUAAAGUUGGAUGAGUUGCUCAACCGCUGUGUGUGUCGGCGAUCACCCAAAAUUGACCCCCAACAGAUAUUUCAGGUAUUAAAACUGAUUUAAUCAGUACUUGACAAAACAACAUGAUGUUUUGAUUUUCUGCAGAUUUUAAACUGGAAACGCUUGGCGAUACAGCCCAGAUCCCUCGCCUGGCUUCAUCGUUAUCCGCAUGUGCACAACUCAACACUCUCUCCGCUGGCCAAAGAACGUGGGCGCUAAGCCGGUUGAGAAAACUUGUGCUGUCAGAAGUGGGACCAUCGAUUGACGUACCCAGCCUUUUCGGAUACAACCUCACGUACGAUCAACCACUCAUUAAACUAAAGCAGAACAGUGACCAGCGUAUGAGCACGGUAGGUAGUGGUGACUAACCCUUGCAUUCCAAAAAGUAUCCCAUUCCAGCCUUGAUAAUAAUAUUAAGCUAGAGGUAAUCAUUGAUUACGGAUCCGCGUUGGUCACUUACGGAAAACUUACGGAAACGAAAUCAAGUCGAAAGGAGUCCAGUUUCCCUGCCGAGGUGCCCCUGAUAAAAUUAAUAGGGGCAACUUAUUUGUAGUUGCCCGUGAUAGCUCGAAGAUUUCUGCCUAAGUGCCACAGGAACACCAGAUUAAGAUGUUUCUGACGAGCGCGAUUAGAAGCACCACCCAGAUCUCAGUAGUGAUUCGUCCUAUGGAAUUUCUGCGUUUGCUUCUCGGAUGUCAUUUCGCGUGGAUCGCAUUGAUGGCGUCGCGAAAUGUCGACUGUUUUCUCAGACCAACUUUUAAAUACGGAAACAUUUGGUACAUUCAAUUGGCAAAGGUCCAGUGACCAUUUGGACUGAUUUCCAUUGGUUUUGCUCCUUGCUUGGGCUUAUAUGUUCCUUCUUAACAGGCAUGACAGCGUCAUUUUAGUACUACCACCUUUUCGUUUUUCCUUUCAUAUUUAAAUUUGGCAAUCCCAGCGAGGUUUACAAAACUAGAAAGCAAACGCUGAAGGAUUCUGGUCAUAGUGGUAAAAUGACGUCACCGUGCAAAUGGCGUAUUACAUUUCAUAUGGCUCGAGCUGACGUUCGACCAAACUGUACUGAAAUGAAACUGAACUUAUUUAGAUUAUCACAUUGAUUCAAAUACAGUCAACGCGGACUCCAAACGAACAGACCCACAUGUUCACUUUGCAGAAUUGUUCGUAUUCUAAAGCACAACGGCUCUUAAGUACAACGGAACAGUCCUUUAAUAGAAAGGUGUUUCGUAUCUCUAGGACCAACUGUACAGUCCGUAAUACAGAUGUGUCUCUACUACACAACAAUCUCGUAUACUUUUUUGAGUAACGUCGUUCUAUAACAUAAUAAUGUAAUUUACUAGAUGUUGGGUGUUCUUGGGCGUGUGUUGGAAAGGCUCUUGAUUCUUAUUUAUUUCCUCAGGCUGUUGCGUCCUCGGCACUGGGAAAACUAAUCCGAGGACUUCCGGACACUUUACGAAGACAGUACGAGUACGAGGAACAGCUUGUCAGAGGAGGCAAACACCUUUUUCAUAGCGACUUUUUCAAAGUGAGUUAUUGUCUUCGAUAUGUGAGAGUUGUGUCGUAUGUACCGUAAAGGUGGUGAUCCUGUUUAUAAAAAGACAAAUCGAUUAUCUCAUUUAGUAGAAGUUAACAAGCAGGCAAAAUUACGGCAGGUGUAAGUAUUUUUUAUUCAGUUUUCUCAUUGCCUUGUUUUGUUCUUCCACAGGUUCUUGUCGCGUUUGCCUGUGACCUUGGCCUCGAUGCUCUUCCAUGUUGUGCGGACGGGCACGAGUGGGCCUGGUUCAGACGUUUCUGCGUUGCUUCGCGAGUUGCACAAUCGCUGGAGUUAAGGACACCUCUUCCGUCCGACUUUCAGAUGGAAGUCAAGGAGAAAAUUUCAGAAAUGGUUCAGGAUAGCGACGAAGGCGCCGAAAACUAUACAGACCACAAGAUGUUUAGACGAGAACAUGACGAACAACUUCUAUUGUGGCUUAACCAGUGAGUGUAUUUUGCGAAUCGAAAUCCUUCUUGUCUGAGAGAGAAAAAGGUCGUGUGAAAUGCUUUUACUGAUUAUUUGUCUUAGUGUACUGUUCCUGUAUAUUCAUUAACAAAGUUGCGAGCGAAAAAUUUGUUUGCUCUUUAGAUUGGAGGGGAAUGAAACUCGUUUUAUUAUUCAUUUGGUAGUUUAGGCAAAGGUACUACACUAGAAAUACUACAUACUGGUAAUAAACAAAUGUUAGGGAGUGCAGGAGAGAUCGAUGCACAUGAUUAUGCUCCAAAGUUUUGCUUUGCAUAAUAGAAGUUUAAAGCACGCGUGAUCAGAUUACGAGUGAUAGCACAAUCAAACCCGCGUGAUUAGACUGCGUACAAUACAUGCCAUUCAUUCUUAGUGGAAGUCCAAACAAAUGCUGGUUACAUACGUGCCGAGCAUGUGUGACAGCAACCUGGAGAUUAGCCUUGCAUUGCGUUUGCGACAACGGUUGCGGCGGAUCAAAGUACUUUAAAGUAGAACCACGAGAGUCUAAAUCACAAGGCUAAAGUGUUUCCUUGUAAUUGGAAACCAGAUUUUGAAAGAUCCAUUCUAGUCACUAACUUCUAGCUUGUCUGGUGUUCAGACGCCCCUCAGAUUGGACGGUAACCUGGGGUGGAAGUGGAACUAUUUACGGCUGGGGGCACAAUCACCGCGGUCAGCUCGGCGGGAUUGAGGGCGGAAAGGUCAAGUUUCCACAGCCCUGUGAGGCCCUCAGUGCUAUAAGGCCUGUUCAAAUUGUUGGAGGAGAGCAAACUCUUUUUGCAGUUACAGCAGAUGGAAAGGUUUGUGCUGUUGGAGUCGCAUUUUACGUCCUAAAUAUUUGUACAGUCAACUCCCUCUAAGACGGACACCUCUGGGACCAGCAGUAAGUGUCCGUCUUAGAGAGAUGUCCGUGUUAUAGAGAGUCAAAUAAAGGGAGUAAACAAAGGCAGGGACCAACUCUAGUUGUCCGUUUUAGGGAGGUGUCCGUCUUAUAGAGGUGUCUGUUGAGAGAGAGUCGACUGUAUUUUUUGUUUACAUAAGCACUCAGACCACGUUUUGGGCUUUUUAUGGUGCUCCUAAAUCUGUGAGUUGGUUAGCUAUUGCGUUGUCGUAUAGCUUUCAUUCUGCUUCUUUUCAGUCGUUUAUACUUAAGCAUUUAGAAAUCGCAUCGGUCCACAAUGCUCUAAAACUGCCGGAAUUCUCAAGAACAUGGGAAGCACCUGGGAGCCAUUACCUCUAGCGUUUGUUAACUGUAUCUGGCAAAUUAAGUUGGAAACGUCUCAGAUUAAACAUUACUCUUUACCAUUUCUUUGUAGGUAUACGCCACCGGUUACGGACACGGUGGUCGUCUGGGACUUGGCGGAACAGACACGGUGACGUCAGUGCGGUUAAUAGAAUCCUUGCAACACGUGGUCAUCAAAAAGGUUGCAGUGCAUUCUGGAGGCAAGCACGCCAUAGCACUGUCCGUGGACGGUGGUGUUUACUCUUGGGGAGAAGGGGAUGACGGCAAACUUGGGCAUGGUAGCCGGAAGUAAGUACUUUUAUUAGUUAAACUCACGGUUCCUUAUUUCUGAUUGAAGAAAUUUCCCUUUGCCUGUCAGUUUAGAAGCGGUCAUUUGAAAUGAUAAGUACUCAUUUCGCUGGUACGAGGUCUGAGACCAAAAGUAUAUAUAUAUAUCUUCACAAACUAGUCGAACUGGCCAAAAUCCGUACUGCUUUGCAUCGUUAAAGGUAUGUUUUGUAAUUCUAAGUGAAUGUGAGGUUCACCGCGGUUGAUUUUGCUUUACAAAAAGCUUUUUGACUGUUGGUUUACUUUGGACAACUUUUCUUUCUCUUUAUGCCGUUUUAAUGUCUGCGUUAUUCCAAUCUGUUGACAUGUCCAUUUGACUGCAUGGAGUGUGUCUGUUUGUAUAUUGUGUUCGGUGUUUUUGUUUCCCCAUUUUGCCUCGUUGUUUGUUUGUAUGUUUGUUCGUCCCAGUAAAUAUUAAGUGCUGUUGAGGUUUAGCUGUUGUCAGUACUGGGCUAAUUACUCUAUUUUGGUAUCAGAAGUUUUUUGGGGGGGGGCUUAUUACUUCGUGUAAACAUUCCACACAGUAGUCAUUUAACAAAUGCCUCAAUUUUUCUAGCUCUUGUGAUCGUCCACGUGUUAUUGAAGCUCUCCGAGGCAAAGCACUAGUAGACAUCGCCUGUGGUGGAUCCCACAGCGCUUGCAUCACAAGCAACGGAGAGUUGUACACUUGGGGUAAGGGAAGAUACGGAAGACUAGGCCACGGUGACAGUGAAGACCAGCUACUGCCAAAAGUGGUGGAGGCACUUCGCGGACAUCGUGUCAUAGACGUGGCAUGCGGAAGCGGAGACGCGCAGACGCUGUGUUUGACGGACAAUGACUGUGUUUGGUCUUGGGGAGACGGGGAUUAUGGCAAGCUCGGUCGCGGGGGAAGUGAUGGGUGUAAGAUUCCUAUGAAGGUUGAUUCACUCAUGAGGGCUGGUGUGUGUAAAGUUGAGUGCGGUUCGCAAUUCUCUGUAGCUCUGACCAAGUCUGGUGCAGUGUACACGUGGUAAGUGAUGAACUUACUAUUACAGUUACAAAGGGGCCAUGACUACCAUACUGUAUUUAUUAGCUAGUAUGGUGUUCCUUGAAUGUCCUUACAAGCUGCAGUAGAACCUCGAUAACUUGGACUCCGAUAACUCGAAUUCCCCGCUAAUUCGAACUUAGUCCCAUUUCCCUUGGAUCUCACCCCACUUUUCAGUCAUUUUUACUCGAUUAACUCGAAUUCCCCGCCAGCUCGAACUAAAAUUCCUUUCCCUUGAUAAAAAUUUCACUGAAAUUUACCCCCAAUAUCUCUACUUCUGGUUAUUGUAACUCCACUCAGAUGCCAUCCCAUUAGCUCUUCAUGUCGUAUAAAUAUGUUGUGGUUCAAUUUUAUCCUUGGUUUAAAUUUUAUUUCCCUUUGUUUUGGGGGAUGGUAAUGUAUGGUAACGAGUUUAAAACAAAAGGAAAUAAAAAUUAAACCAAGGAUAAAAUUGACCCACAACAUAUACAAUCGGUUAAACACUAAAACUAACACUACAGUAAUUUGGUGCAACAAAUAUAUCACGUUUUUUCUUAAAAAUGUGUAAUCAUGUUGCCUUUUCAAAAGAAAUAGGUAAAUUUGCACUGUACUAUACAAUGAAGUGCUAAAAAUUAGUAACUAUCAAUUAUCAACCUAGCUUAUUGAGCGUUCGUGUUUUACUUUUUCCCUUGCCUCUUUGUUUGUUUGCUUGCUAAUUUCUUUCAUUUUGAUCAUUGUAAAACUGGGCGUUACUCUUGACUAUUCCCUUUAAGCCCUUGUACAGUAGGUCUUUUUUACUUUGUGCAGGGGUAAAGGAGAUUACUACCGCCUCGGUCACGGCUCAGAUGAUCAUGUGAGACGCCCAAAAAGGGUGGCAGCGUUACAAAACAAGAAAGUCAUCGCCAUAGCAACAGGCUCUUUGCACUGUGUGGCGUGUACCGACACAGGUGAGGUGUACACGUGGGGUGACAAUGACGAGGGACAGUUAGGAGAUGGUUCCACCAACGCUAUUCAAAGACCAAGGCUGGUCACAGCUUUGCAGGUGGGAAUUCUUUACUAGUUCAAUAGAGAGGAGAAGUUGUUACGUGACUUUGCCACGGUAGCAAAAUUUCUGGACAACAACAAACCGAAAACAUCACUUAAAAAGCGAAUUCGCACUGUCUAAAACUUCGACGAUCUUACUGAAUUUGUCAAGGCGGCAUUUUGUGGGGUUAAAUCCGAAAGGACCGUAUCUAAGUUUAAAAAAGAAAGGGAAAAUUUUGCUUUUUGGUCAUCUACCUCGUAAAGCGGGUGCGUGAAAUUAAGAAGUAUUACGUCGCAGUCGUGCAACGCGAGACGGCCAAGAGACGUACAAAAAAGCGUGAUUCACGUGCACAGUUGUUGUUUUGCUGUUAUAAACCUUUGCGUUUUUCCAGUUCUCUUUGCCUUCGCUUCCUAUUGUCGUGAUCCAGAAAUUUUGCUACUAUGGUAACGUGACGACACACUUCUCUCAAUUUCCAUUCAAAUAGUAUCGAAAAAUUUUUCAUUGUGUUUCUAGCCCAGGUAAUAUGACGAAAAUUUCGUACGUUUCUCAUACACUUUGAUUAGUUUCGAAAACCGUCUAUUACCUGCAUAAUAUGGACGCUAGAGAGAGAAAUCCAAAGGUCCGCAUCAUAUUGUAAACGUUAAAUAUGUAUGAGGACUGUUAUUUUCGGGAACAUUGAGAAAACUAUUUUAAUAGAAAUGUAUCCGUAUUAUGGAGGGUCCAACUGAAGCGCGUAAGUCUCUAAGUCGGUCACGGUUAGUCGCGGCAAUGAUUGACGGUCUAAGUAAGAUGUUCGCCUUAAUGGGAGUUUAAGCGAGUGACUAAAAUGGUUGGGAUCCUUUUAUGGUGUCCGCUUAACGGCGAGUGGGAGGGGUGGGGGGGGGCAGGGGGCUGUGCAUUUAAAUAGAGUUAAAUGAGUCAGUGACUGUGACAAAUGUCAUGCAACUUUAACAUUUUUUGUUACCCUUGUGUCUGUUGUUUUGUCAGUUCUUAUUUUAAUAUCCUUGUUUUACAAUUCCUUUCCUUCUCAGGGUAAAAAGACAAAUCGUGUGGCAUGUGGCUCGGCUCACACGAUCGCUUGGUCCACCACUAAACCCGCCAAUGCCGGUCGCCUUCCCAGGGAAGUCCCGAUGGAGUAUAACCAUCUACAGUCAAUCUUCCUGGGAACUCUUCGAAAUCGCCUCAUGCUUCUUCACCACUUCUCAGAUCUCGUGUGUUCCUCGCUCGCCAUGUUUGAUCUGCAACCCCGACUAAAGGAACAUGCUGGUCAGGAACCACUGGUAGCGCUUGAUUCGUUGAGAGGUGUAUUGAUACCAUCGGGCAAGGUGGGGACCGAGGCUAUGGGUGCUUUCCAUAGUCAGAACUGGCCGGCUAGACCGGUUGAUUUGAAAAUGGAAUAUUAGUUCUUUUUUUGAAAUUUUUACUAAAACCCGGCAUCACAUCCGUGGGUACUAUUCAGAAUAAGCUGAUCUGGCUGGAUAGUAUUGAUUAACAGUAGGAUUUUCCUUACGAUUGAACUGGUGUGGUGCGCAGCCAGUUCUGACAAAUGUAAGCGCCCUAGCUAUAAAGACUUAUUACUUGCAUUCCACACAUUACUAUAUACCGGAAUUUCUCAAUGACAAAAAUGCCAUAAAAAUGCAGAAGUUCCCCCCCACGGACCUGCGGGGCCCACUAAGCCGGAGCUAAGCCCGGUUUAUGUAGCAUGAGACACCUAGGGAUAUUCCUUUCCCCUUCCGCUCCGGGAUUCUGGUCGAUCUCAGGAUUGCCCACAGUAGUAUGUGGUGGUUGCCCGCCCCAGUUGUUCAAAAGGUGGAUAACGCUAUCCACUGGUUUUCCUAAUAUUUAUCUGCCUGGAUAGUGGUUUAUCCGUUGCAUAGUGCUAUCCAACGGUUGAACAACCCGGGCCUGGAUUAAGAGAAACAGAGUGGAGAACAGUUUUUGGUCUAAAAAUGAGGGACUUGAGCCGGGAUCUACAGGUCCGAAGUUCGAGGUGUUAACGACUCGACCGCCACGCCCACACUAAAAGAUGCCAUGGUAACUAACAUUUGGCGGGUUUUUCGCUAACUUUUCCUAUCUAAAUGCCUUUUCCCACUUGCCUUUUGUUACCAAGAUAAAACUUUUGUAUUUCAUUCUGUAGAAUCCCAGUGUUAUUCUUUUGUCCGACAAUUGUUCUUUAUAACACUCACUUCGUCGUGACUGUUGUAGGAAGCAGCCUUCCGUAAAGUAGUUCAGACAACCAUGGUUCGUGACCGACAGCAUGGUCCUGUGAUUGAACUAAACAGAAUACAGGUAAAUCCUUUAGUAACGUCAGCCUCGAAUUACGUAGUGUCCUUCGUUUUUCGUAAAUACACUUUCACAUUUAUUGGUAGAAAGCGUGAAGAUUGCACCAAACAAUUUCAAAAGCUUAAGAAACAUUUUCAUCAUGUUUAAUGAGUGUUUGGAUGACACUGAUGCAAGUCAUACGCACAUACACAUCUUUCCUUUUUUGUUUUUCAUCAAAUGCAGCUCAUUGUACAAUUUAAGUACAACGUGUUUGUUGUACUGAACCCCAUAAUCCACCAUAUAUUUCUAUUAGAAGGCUAACCUGAUCCGUCAGCAUAAUACAUUUUUCUUUUAGAUCAAAAAGUACAGAUCCAAAGGUGGUCUUACUGGACCAGACGGCUCUAAAUCGGUAUUCGGUCAGGCCUGCUUUAAGAUGAGUAACUUUGGUCCCGACAGCUUGUUCCUCCCGCAUCGUGUUUGGAAGGUCAAGUUCAUUGGCGAAAGUGUUGAUGACUGUGGAGGUGGUUACUCGGAGUCCAUCGCGGAAAUGUGCGAUGAGCUUCAAAAUGGCUCUCUUCCGUUGCUGAUUGUCACCCCUAAUGGAAGAGAAGAGUCAGGAGCAAACAGAGAUUGCUUUAUUCUGAAUCCUGACGCUCGCUCUCCUGUGCAUCUGAGCAUGUUCAAAUUCCUGGGUGUGCUGAUAGGAAUUGCUAUCAGGACAGGCAGCCCACUGAGCUUGAACCUCGCUGAACCUGUUUGGCAGCAGCUGGCUGGUAAGACAUAUUGCAGUGGAGUGUUAAUAACGUCAACUCCAAAUUUUUGUUGCAUUUCUUAAGAGAGCUAGUCAUUAUCUAUUAAAGAAUCUAACUAAAGACCUAAGAUAUACGUGAACGCCAGCGUCCUUAAAGAAGUUCUUAUAAUCUUUGGCAAAUUAUUAUAUUUUUUUAGGGAUGUCACUGCGAGUGACAGACCUGGCUGAAAUCGACAAAGAUUAUGUGCCUGGUUUGAUGUGCAUCCGGGACAUGGAUGAGACGUUUGAAGCUAUGGAGAUGCCGUUCAGUACUCCUAGUGCCAGCGGUCAAGAAGUACAGCUGCAUAAUAAGGUUAAGAGAAUCACGCUGGACAACAGAGAAGAAUAUGUUAGAUUAGCACUUCAUUACCGAUUGCAUGAGUUUGAUGUACAGGUAAGUGUUGUUCUUGGUUUGGCUUCUAACUUUUAUCUUGUCAGUCAGUUCUUGAGUCAGCAAAUACGGUGAUGUUGUUUUUCACGAAAUGGUCGAAAAAAUUCGAGCCUUUGAUUUAUACAUUUUAAGUUAUUUAUCCCUUUGAUAUAUGAUGUAUUAUUUCAAAUUUUGUGUUAUUUUACAAAAUGUUGGAAAUAGAGCUGUAGAUGGGUGUCAGUAGGUAAACGCCCCGUUUGUCAGUCGUUCUUUUGUUUCGUGUUUUUGUAGACCGCGACUUCGUCUCGCUCCUUAAAAGCAAAGAAAAAAACUAGUCGACACCUAGCCAUCUUGACCCCACAAUUUGUCAAUAACGUCUGGAGCGUGUGAAGUAAAACGUUGUCCCCACAAAUACGUUUAGAUAGAUGGUUUUACUUUUCCUCUCGAUUUGACUUAAUAUGAUGAAUCUUUUCUACCAUUAGGUAUCGGCGGUUCGAGAAGGCAUGGCACGAGUGGUCCCAGUCCCCUUGCUGUCUCUCUUUACCGGUCCUGAACUGGAGACAAUGGUGUGUGGCAGUCCCGAUAUACCUUUGGACCUGUUAAAGUCCGUGGUGACGUAUAAAGGGGUAGACGCUAGCGCUCCAUUGGUUCGUUGGUUCUGGGAUACACUAGAAAGUUUUUCCAACGCCGAGCGCUCGUUGUUUCUUCGGUUUGUUUGGGGGCGAACACGACUCCCGAGAACUAUCGUGGAUUUCCGAGGCAGGGACUUUGUAUUUCAGGUAAGUGAUCUUGCUUCGAUACACCGGUCAAAGACAAGUCACAGCGAAGUUUUUGUCCAACAUGGGCGAUGUUUCUAUUAUUUCAUACUCCCGUGAACCAAUGGUGCCAAAGAUGCCAAACUUUGGGACCUGUUGUGCUGUUGUGGGGGUUCGGCUAAUUAUGUAAGAUUGUCAAAACAAGCGUGUUCUCCUGGGUAUCUACCUUAAAUAAACUCUGUAAUGGCCUGGUGAAACACUGCACUGUUACAGACGCAAUGAGCACAUUUUGGUGUUGCGUUGUUUCGAUUUGAAAACUUCUAAGAAGUGUUGAAUUAUCCACGACUUCCACAGACCCGCCGUCCAUAGCAAGCUUUGUUGAGGUAUGGGGAUCCGAUCAGGAAAGAAGAAAACUUCAUAUCUUUACUACGUGCUUCAGUUCUCAUGCCUAUUGUGGGUUUAACGUAAUAAAACUAUUGCAUAUAAAUGUGUUUCCAGGUACUUGACAAAUACUCGCCCCCAGACCACUACCUACCGGAGUCGUACACCUGCUUUUUCCUUCUUAAGAUGCCUCGGUACUCUUGUCAGAGAGUACUCUGCGAAAAGCUUAAGUAUGCCAUCCAUUUUUGCAAGUCCAUCGACUCAGACGACUACGCCAGGAUCGACCUAACUGGAGAGCAAGCUGAGGAGUAUGAUACUGACGUUGAGGCGUUCUAGAAAAUACCGUCACGGGGACUUCUUUUGUCCCUGGGAGACCAGAGGACGUGACAUCUUACAUUUCACGUGAUUAGCAUCCAGAGUCCACGUGCUAUCUGGUAAACCGUCGCACUGAAAAAUAUUUUGUCUGUAGGGUAACUGCUAAAUUAGUGAGUGUUUCAAGGUGUGGCGGGUUUUACCUUCACCACGACUCAGAGAAGCGACAACGACAGUUCCUGUAAUACUUGUUGUUGUAUUUCAAGGUCCGCUGAUCAAAGUUUCUGCAGGCACCCGUAUGUGCAGUCGUUAUUACAUAUUUAAGUUGUGGGUAUCCUCGCUUCACAACAUUGGCAAAAGACUGAUAAUUGUAUCUAUAAAUAUUGAAAAAAAUAAUGUCUUAUAGGCGAAAAUCGGCUUUGUCCCUCUAAUUUUAAAUAGACUGUAGAAUUUCGAUAAUAGUGUGGUUCGCUUAGAAAUAAAUUAUCUUGUCUUUCAAAUAUUUUUAGACUCAGUAACGGUGACUAAGAGAAUUGUUAAUUUAUUUGUAUUACUGAAUUGUGCGUUGCUGGCAAAAUAUGAGAAUCAUUUUUUUUAUCAAGUGUAAAACUGAUUAAAGUUGAUGACGUU